CCGAGAGGUGGUUCAGUUGUUUAUUUAUUUUUUUCUUUCCCACCGUUGACCGACCAGCGAAACCAGCCAACAUUGGACUACGCAUACAGGGAGGCAUCGUGGCUGAAGGAGGCUGCUGUCAGCCAUGGGGACGGCCAAGAUGAAACGUCUUUGGCCGUUGGUGGUGUGGAUACUUCUAUCUCUGUGUCCAGCCGAAUCACUCAGAGGACUCGGCCGUGGAUCGAGACGAGAAGUAUUCUUCCUGAACCUCGAAGAUGGAUACUUUGGCUGUCAGGUGAACGAGUCGACGGACGUUCUACAGCUCCUAGAGCUGUCCAAGCUCUGCGACGGCAACGUCGACUGUUUUCAAGGCACGGACGAGCAACGCGACAAAUUGAAGUGCACAGAUGACUGCACGAAGGAGGACGGGACCAGGUGUCUGAAUGGCGUUUGCUUGGAUUCCGUUUGUCAUUGCAACGACGGUUUCGGUGGAUGCAACUGUCAAGUGCCAGACGAGAACGAGUGCAAGUACCGACCCUGUGAUAUAUUCGCGCAUUGCACGAAUACCCUCGGUAGCUUUCAAUGUUCCUGUUUCCCCGGCUACCGAGGCGACGGUUACUAUUGCGAAGACAUCAACGAGUGCGAUAACCCAGCAUUCGCCGCGAGAUGCGUGGAGAACGCAGAGUGCUGCAACCUCCCGUCGAACUUCCUGUGCAAAUGCAAGUCUGGUUACAUCGGAGACGGCGAGGUGCAUUGCGAGGACGUCAACGAAUGCGCCAUACCGGGUGCGUGCGCGGACAAUACCGUCUGCCACAACACCCCCGGCAAUUAUAGUUGCGCCUGUCAAGAUGGUUUCACGGGAGACCCUUACGAUAGCGUGAGUACGAAAAUACCACGCGAAAAUUGUAUCGACAUAAACGAAUGCGAAUUCGCUGGUGCUUGCGGAAGGGGUGCUCUGUGCGUGAACGUACCCGGUGGACACAAGUGCGAGUGUCCGGAGGGUUAUAACGGCAAUCCCGAGGAAGAAUGCGUGGACAUCGACGAGUGUGCUCGCAGCCCUUGCGGUCGUUCAGCUCACUGCACAAACGUUCACGGCAGUUUCCGUUGCUCUUGCCCGGAAGGAAUGAGCGGCGAUCCUUGGACGGGCUGUCACGAUGUAAACGAGUGCGAGGACGGCACUGCGUGCGCCGCGGACGCCGAUUGCGUGAACACAGAGGGUAGUUUCGAGUGCAGAUGCCGGUCCGGAUAUCAAAUGGAUUCCAGCCACGGUUGCAUCGACGUGAACGAGUGCAGUCGGACGGACGCGUGCGCGACGAACGCGAGAUGCAUCAAUGUCCCGGGAUCGUACAAGUGCAUCUGCCCGCAGGGCUUCAUCGGUCAAGGGCUAACAUUGUGCGAAAACGUGAACGAAUGCGAGAGAAACCCUUGCGGCGAGAACGCCGAGUGCAGCGACACAAUCGGCAGCUUCGCGUGCAGCUGCAAGGCGGACUACACCGGCGAUCCGUUUAAGGGAUGCAGCGAUAUCGACGAAUGCACUGCGUUGGAGAAUCCUUGCGGAAGGUACGCGACUUGCAAAAACACGGAUCCUGGAUACACUUGUGUCUGUCAGCCGGGGUACAGUGCCAACCCCAGUCCGACAGUCGCCUGUGAACAGACCGACGUGACCACCCUUUGCAAAUCGAAUUUCGACUGCGUGAACAACGCCGAGUGCAUCGAGGGGCAGUGCUUCUGCAAAAACGGGUUCAAGGCCGUUGGGGCGGAAUGCGUGGACCUCGACGAGUGUCUCUCGAAUCCCUGUGGACCGGCGUCGAUCUGCACCAACUCGAGAGGAAGCUACCACUGCGAGUGCGAAUCCGGUUUUGUUGGAACUCCGCCGCACAUACCUUGUAAAGCACCCUGCGACGAAGUGACUUGCGGAGAACACGCGUUCUGCAAAGCGGACGGCCACGAGGCGUAUUGCAUCUGCGAGGAUGGCUGGACCUUCAAUCCAAACGAUAUUGCGGCCGGAUGCGUUGAUAUAAACGAGUGCGACGCGGUAAAUGGACCUUCGGGACGCUGUGGGAAGAACGCAGUCUGCACGAACACCUUUGGCGGCUUCACUUGUCAGUGCAAGCCUGGAUACUCUGGAAACGCUUUUAAGCAGUGCAUAGACGUAGACGAGUGCACGAGACAGGACGUGUGUGGUCACGGUGCCACAUGCGCGAAUACAGAAGGUUCCUACACAUGUACCUGCCCGGAGGGGACUAUUCCUGAUCCAGACCCUUCCAUCAAGUGCGUCGGCAUAGUUACUUGCGAGGUUGAUGGCGACUGUCCUGGAAAUGCCAUUUGUGAUUCACAGAAGCGCUGUCUGUGCCCCGAGCCCAACGUUGGCAACGAUUGCAGACAUCCGUGCGAAGACUUGUCCUGCGGGCCAAAUGCUCACUGCAUGCUUUCCAACGACGUGGCGACGUGUCUCUGUCGCAACGGCUACACAGGAAAGCCCGGGGUGAAGGGUGGCUGCAGAGACAUCGACGAGUGCGCCAUCAAUCCGUGCCCCCAGGGCGCGAUUUGCAAUAACGAGCCCGGCUCCUUCUCGUGUCAGUGCCCCAGCGGCACUACGGGCGAUCCUUACAGCGGCGGAUGCCAGGAGUCGAAAGCUCCUCACAUCUGCGGCCCCAGCACCCCGUGCCCGGCUGGAGAACAGUGCAUCAAGGACGAGUUCGUGGGCAGCAGCGUGUGCAUCUGUCAACGGGGCUACACGCGCGAUCACGAGACAGGCAAAUGCAGAGACAUCAACGAGUGCAUGGAACUCAGGGAGAAGCCCGCGUGCGGCGUCAAUGCCAUUUGCAAGAAUCUGCCCGGCAGCUACGAGUGUCAAUGCCCGCCUGGCUUUAAUGGAAAUCCGUUUUCGCUGUGCGAAGAAUGCAACAGCAUCGAGUGUCAGUGUCAGCCCCCAUACAAGAUCGUCAAGGGCAAGUGCAUGUUGGCUGGAUGUUCCAAGGGGGAGAAAUGCCCCAGCGGUGCUGAAUGCAUAACGAUAGCUGGAGGAGUCAGUUACUGUGCUUGUCCUAAGGGCUACACUACUAAAGUUGAUGGUUCUUGCGAGGAUAUAAACGAAUGCAUCAUUGGACACCAAGUUUGCGGUUACGGAGCUGAGUGUGUAAACCUGCCAGGCUCGUAUCAGUGCGUCUGCCCACACGGUUAUGGCGGAGACCCUUAUAAUGGUCUCUGUUCUCCGGCUCAGAAGAGGUGCACCAGCGAUAACGAGUGCAAGGCGAACGAAAAGUGCGUGCAACCGGGCGAAUGCGUCUGUCCACCACCGUUUUACUCGGACGCUCUAGAUGGGAAUCUUUGCAAGAAUCCAUGCGACCGGUUCCCAUGUGGCAUAAACGCGAAAUGCACACCGAGCGACCCACCGAGAUGCAUGUGCGAGGCUGGCUACGAAGGAGACCCACAGCACGGUUGUGUGGACGUCAACGAAUGUUCAAACAACCCCUGUGGACACGGUGCUUAUUGCAUCAACACCAAGGGUGACCAUAUUUGCGAGUGUCCAAGAGGAACUGUCGGCGAUCCUUACACCGCCGGUUGCACGGGAGUGGCUGUAGCGAAAAACGAGUGUUCCUCGAACGACGACUGCGAUAACAUAUUCGCCUGCGAUAACGGAAGAUGCGUGAACCCUUGCGACAACAUACCUUGCGGGCCUAAUGCGUACUGCGAGCCUGACAAGCAUGCUGCCUGGUGUAGAUGCGUAAUCGGGUUCGUUGAGGGCAAGAACAACGAAUGCGUUUCUCAGUGCGAUGGCUUCGUCUGCGGCUCUGGAGCCCAGUGCAUCGUGAGCUACAGCGGACCGACCUGCAAGUGCAUCGAGGGUUUCAUGGGCAAUCCGUUUCCCGGUGGACAAUGUCUACCUGAUGUCUGUUCCCCGGAAGUUCCCUGUGCAGAGCCAAGCGUCUGCAUAAGCGGAAGAUGCAAGCGUCGUUGCGAGGGCAUAGUCUGCGGAGUGGGAGCCUCUUGCGAUCCAGCGACCAACAAAUGCGUCUGCAAUCCGUACUUCAUUGGAAAUCCAGACCUCCUUUGCAUGCCACCGAUUCAACCUGCUAUCUGUGAUCCCAGUUGUGGUACAAACGCCCACUGCGAGUACAGUUUGCAAGAAUCAAAGUGCAUUUGCAAUCCUGGAACCACCGGAAAUCCGUACCAUGGAUGCGGUGUGCAACAGAAGUCUGACUGUUCGACUGCACUCUGCGGCAAAGAUGCACAUUGCAGCACUGGAGUAAAUGCUGUGGAGUGUCUGUGCCCUCCUGGAUACGCAGGGAACCCAUACAUUCAAUGUUUCGAUAUCAACGAGUGCAACGGAAACGCAUGCGGAGGAAACGCGGUCUGUAUCAACACGAUCGGCAGUUACGACUGCCGCUGCAAGGAAGGAUUCUUUGGCAAUCCUUUCGUCGGUUGCCAACAAGUGCAAGUGGGCCCGUGCACGGACCCAGCGACCUGCACCUGCAGCGAGACCGUACCCUGUCCUUUCGACUACACGUGCGUUCAAAGCAAAUGCAUGAACCGUUGCAGCGACGUGAAAUGCGGACCUCGAUCGGUUUGCCAAGACGGGGCCUGCGUCUGUCCGCCUGGCUACAGCGGCAACCCGAACGAUCUCAGCAAAGGGUGCUACCUGCACGGCCACUGCUCCAACGACCUGGACUGUGAACCUCAACAAAUCUGCUUUCAAGUGGGCAAGGGCGUUCGAAAAUGCGUGGACGCGUGCAGCAAACUGCAGUGCGGUCCGAACGCACUGUGCGUCGCCCAGCAUCACGUCUCCUCUUGUUUGUGCAUCGACGGGUACCAGGGUAAUCCCAUCAACUUGGUAGAAGGCUGUCAACCUUCAAAGUCGGUGGUAACACCCGGCUGCAGUCACGACUCGGAGUGCCAGGAGGGCGCGUUCUGCAUCCUCCUCGACAACGGGGCCUACGAGUGCGUGAAUCCGUGCAGCAAAGUGGUCUGCGGCGCCCACCAAAAAUGCGAGCCAGAUAUAAUCCCCGGCCACGCGACCUGCAAGUGUCAGGACGGAUACGAGUGGAACCCGAUCCUAUCGUCGUGCGAGAAGCCCUCGGUUCCCGAUUGCAUUUCCGACGACGACUGCCACUCCACCGAAGCCUGCAGACCGGACGCCCUCGGGGUGCUCAAGUGCGUGGCUGUGUGUCGCAGCUUCACCUGCGCGAUCCACUCUCAGUGCGUGGCCGAGCGACACCGCGGCCGCUGCGAAUGUCUACCCGGCUUCGUCGGGAACCCUAACGACCGACAAGGCUGUCAGACGCCCAAGAAGGAUCACUGCUCUACCGACAGCGAGUGCCCAGAGGAUCAGACCUGCAGGAGCACGGACGAGGGCCUACUGACUUGCCAAUCGGUCUGCAACUUCGUCUCCUGCGGACCCAACGCUCUCUGCGUGGUCCACAACCAUGUGGCGAACUGCGAGUGUCCGCCUGGACUCUACGCCGGUGACCCCAAUGACGCGGUCAAAGGGUGCCGUACCGUUCCUUGCGUCUACAACAUCGACUGUCCGCCCACGCAACUUUGCAACAGAUUGACGCACACCUGCUACGACGUGUGCGACGAGGACGCUUGCGGAGCGAACGCCGUCUGCAUCGCGGACGAUCACAGAGCGAUCUGUCAGUGUCCUCCCGGUCUUCGACCCAAUCCAGUUCCGGACGUGGAGUGCGUCGCCAUCGAGGCCUGUCAUCCGAAUCCCUGUCACGAGUCCGCGCUCUGCGUUCCAGGACCCUCGAACAACCCUGUGUGCCAGUGUCCGUCGAAUUUCGUAGGCGAUCCUUACUCGACAGGAUGCCAGCCUGAAGGCUAUUGCGCUAACGCCAAGGACUGUCCUGUUCAUUCCAUUUGCCACAACCAUCGUUGUGUUAAUCCCUGCGAGGAUGCUUGCGGGCCGAACUCGAUCUGCGAGGUUCUGAACGGGCAAACCACAUGCAAGUGUAUCAAUAACUUUGUGCCAUCUUCGAAGGGUCCGCAGGACGGAUGCGUCCGCACUUUGAACUAUUGUACCGUCGAUGCUGAUUGCAACGAAAGCGUCUGCCUUGAGGGGCAGUGCAUAGUUGUGUGUCGAACGGCAGGCGACUGCUCCGCAGGUGAAAAGUGUGUGAACAAAAAAUGCACGGUUCCCUGUGUCUCCCACAGCCAAUGUCAGCUCGAUCAGGCUUGCGUGAACGGGGGAUGCAUUCUGGGAUGUCGAAGCAAUAAGAACUGCCCUACCACGCAAUCCUGUAUUAACAAUAAAUGUCAAGAUCCAUGCAGCAAGAAAGAUGUCUGCGGUCCAAACGCGAUUUGCAGUUGCACCAAUCAUGCGACAGUAUGUACCUGUCCGUUAGGCUUCCACGGAAAUCCCACGCCCCAACAGGGCUGUGUCAGAGUGCCAAAUAUAUGCGACGGUGCUCAAGAUUGUCCCAGUCAGCACGUGUGUGUCUCUGGAUUUUGUCAAUGCCAGUGCAGCGAGCAGAACAACUGUGCUCAAGGAGAACGCUGCAGGAACGGAAUAUGCGUCAAGAUUUGCUAUGGCGACAGUAAUUGUUUGCCUGGUGAACUUUGCAUCGACGGACUCUGCGAGGUUGGAUGCACUUCUGACGCUGGGUGCAAGGACAACGAAGUCUGCAUCAACAACAAAUGCAGAUGCAGUCACGGAUUCGUGGCAGGGCCGGAACAUUGUCUGGAUAUCAAUGAAUGCGACGAUCAACCUUGCCAUUCGACCGGAGAGUGUGUCAAUCUCCAUGGAUCCUAUCGCUGUGUGUGCCCACAAGGCACUGCUGGAGAUCCUGUGGGAUCAGGUUGCGUGAUACCACAUCAGUGCACCGUAAACUCCGAUUGUCCCGAAUCUCAGGCCUGCAACCAGCACAAUUGCACCGAUCCUUGCUCUCAGGGCGACUGUGGAUCGAACACAAUUUGCUCCGCCGUGGAUCACUCUGCCGUCUGUCAGUGUCAGCCUGGUUACAUCGGUGACGCCUCCGGAUGUUUCAGAGUGGAAUGCCUUUCCAACAACGACUGUCCCACGGAUAAAUAUUGCAAUCAGGAUACCAACAAGUGCAGCAGUCCUUGCAAUCAGAUGAACUGUGGAUAUGGUAACUGUAUAGCUUCGGACCACGUAGGUGUGUGCAAAUGUUUCCCCGGUUUUGUGCUGGUGGGUGAUGUUUGCGUGGAUGUCAACGAGUGUUCGGAGAAUCCUUGUCAUUCCACCGCGGUUUGUCAAAAUACGGACGGUUCGUACACUUGCGUUUGUCCGCACGGUUUGGUGGGCGAUCCCGUCAAGUCCGGUUGCAAACAACCCGGCGACUGCUUCUCGGACUUUGAUUGUCCAGUCUCUGCUGCUUGCGUCGACAACACGUGCAGAAACCCUUGCGACGUGUCACCUGUUUGCGGCAGGAACGCGGAGUGUUUCGUCCAAGGACACGUCCCGCAUUGUAGGUGUCCUGGCCAGACCACCGGAAAUCCAACAUCGGAAUGCAUUCACUUGGAGUGCAACUAUCACAGCGACUGCAGUCCGUCGGAUGCUUGUUUCAACCAUAAAUGCGUCGAUCCUUGUUCCCUCUCGAACGUCUGCGGUCAGGGAGCCGAUUGUUCUCCGCUGAAUCAUAGUGCUGUGUGCACCUGUCAACCUGGUGGUACGGGCGACCCAAAUCUGGGAUGCACACCCGUUCAGUACUGCAAAUCCGACUCGCAGUGUGCAACUGGAUCGGCUUGCAACGGUGGAAUAUGCACAGCGCUCUGUGGUAGUACAAGAGAUUGCAUCGGUGAUCAAUUAUGCAUAAACGGACUCUGUCAACCCACUUGCAAGAGCAACUCCAGUUGUCCCGAAUACCAGUACUGUCAGAACAAUAUUUGCGUCCAGGAAUUGCGUUGCAUAUCCGACGAUGAUUGUUCUUACGACGAGAGGUGUAUCAAGAACAAUAUUGGACAAGCAGAGUGCCGUAAGACUUGUGACUUGAUCUUCUGUGGACGCAACGCUGAAUGCGGAGCGGACAAUCAUGUCGCGGUGUGCUCCUGCAAGGGUGGUUUCUUCGGGAACCCCAAGGACGAUAAGAUCGGUUGUCAACCCAUCGAGUGCGAGAACAACGAAGACUGUACCGAGGAGAAGAUUUGUCACACACACAAGUGCAGAAUUGCCUGUCUGGCCCAUAAUCCUUGCGGCGUUAAUGCUAUCUGCACCGCGGAGAAACACGUCCAGAUUUGCACAUGCCAGCCAGGAUAUACUGGAGAACCAACUCACGGAUGCCAGCUAAUCGAUUACUGUUCGAACGAGCCUUGCGCUCCUGGAGCUCUGUGCGAGAAUUCCAGAGGAUCUUACAAGUGUCACUGUCAACAAAGCAUGGUCGGGGAUCCCUACAACAGCGGCUGUCAACCGCCGGUCGAGUGUCUACACGAUGAGGACUGUCCAUUGUCUGCCAAAUGCAUAAAUGUUAACAAUGUUCCAAAGUGUUUCGAUGUAUGUUCGCGAACGCAAUGUGGACCGAACUCCGAUUGCGUUGCGGCCAAUCACGCUGCAGCCUGUCAGUGUCGGUCCGAUUACGAGGGCGAUCCUAACAAUUUGAGCGUGGGCUGUCGACCGAAACCGGUUGUUUGCUCCUCAGCCGCGGACUGCUCGGCCACCACCUACUGUUACGAGGGAAUCUGUCGACCGUCCUGCCAGUCGGACGAAGAAUGCAAUCUGUCGGACGUGUGCCUGAAUGGACAAUGCCUGGAUCCGUGCGACCUUAGAUCCGCGUGCGGAAUAAACGCUGACUGCGACGUGAGAAGUCAUAUUAAACAGUGCAGCUGUCCGCUUGGCUUCACCGGCAACUCGGAAGUAGAAUGCGUGAGGCUGCCCGUGUCCUGCAGAGACACCAACGAUUGCAGUGACGGUAACACCUGUCGCGACAAUGUUUGCCUUCCAAUAUGUAACAGCGACAACGAAUGCGCGUUUAAUGAAAAAUGCGUCCGAGGAAACUGUCUGUUAACCUGCCGACUGGACAACGACUGUUUCCUAGGCCAUAUUUGUCUGCACAACAUGUGCACGUUCGGUUGUCGCGCGGACGAGGACUGCAACGCGAAUCAGGCCUGCAUCACGAACAAGUGCAUCGACCCCUGCGAGGCCACUCCCUGCGGACCGAACGCUAAAUGCACCGUGUUCAAUCAACGGGCCACCUGUUCGUGUCCUGUGGGAUUCAUGCCCAACCCGACCGCGAAAGUGGCUUGUCUGAGGUCCCCUGGAUCUGGUUGUCAAGCGAACAGAGAUUGCUCGACGGGAACAGCUUGCAUCAGCGGCAUUUGCACGCCCGUUUGUUCGACGGACUUGAACUGCUUGAGCAACGAGCGUUGCGACUCUUCCGGUAUUUGCAAGUCGUUGUGCAGAAGGGACGAAGACUGCAGAAGCGGAGAAAUCUGCGAGGGACUCGUCUGCGCCAUCGGGUGCCGUUCCGACGUCGAGUGCCAAGAAAAUUACGCUUGCGUGGACAACCAGUGUCAAGAUCCGUGUUCGUUGCCCGAUGCCUGUGGAGCAAACGCGAAGUGCUCGGUUGCGAAUCACCGGAAAUUAUGCGCCUGUCCCGCACCGCUUGGUGGAGAUCCUCUAAUCGGAUGCAAACAGGCGUUUCUGCCUUGCUCGACGGAACUGGACUGCCCGACUGGUCAAACUUGUUAUGGAAGAUCCUGUUACGCAGCGUGUAGAAGCGAUGCUAAUUGUCUGAUCGACGAACGAUGCGACGCCGGUAUUUGCAAAACGAUAUGCAACAGCGACGAUCAUUGCGUGGCGAAUCAGAUAUGCCAGAACAGACUAUGCGAUAUUGGCUGUCGAAGCGACAAUACGUGUCCCAACGACGAGUCCUGUUUGAACAACAAAUGCAGAAAUCCCUGCGAAGGUGGCAAGGCUUGCGGAGAAUGCGCGGGUUGUCGCGUGGUAAACCACGUGGCACAAUGCAGCUGUCCAGCUAAUUACUACGGAAACGCGUUAAUUACCUGCGUGAAGUCCAUGAUCCCUUGUGAUGGCUCCUGCGAGUGCGACGAGGUCGGUUUCUGCACGCAAAGCUGUCACAAUCAGGAUCAGUGCUCAUGCGGGGAGGUUUGCCACUCUGGGAAAUGUCGUAUCAAGUGCGACAUCAACAAUGCCUGUCCGAAGGGCUACGUUUGCGACGGAGGACUUUGCCUAAUCGGUUGCCGCACUCAUUCCGACUGUCCAUCGUCCUUAUCCUGCAUAAGCAGUCAGUGCGAGGAUCCGUGCUCGGCCAAUGGCUCCCCUUGCGGUAUCAACGCUCUCUGUCGCGUUUCGAAUCACCGCGCGGUGUGCCUUUGCCCGGAAGGCUUCCAAGGAGAACCGAGUCAGGAAUGUUACCAACUGGAGUGUCAUCGGGACGACGACUGCGAGGCGAACAAACGGUGCAGCGAGGAUGGAGUUUGCACGAAUCCUUGCCUGCAACACGGUGUUUGCGGCUUCAACGCCCAGUGCAGAGUGGUCAACCGAAAGGCCCAGUGCUCCUGCCCGCCUGGACACUAUGGUAACCCCAAGAUCAAUUGCAAGAAAGGAGGAGAUCAGUGUCUGAGGAGACCCUGCGGCGUAAACGCUAAGUGCAGAGAGACUUUGAACGGAUUCGAGUGCACGUGCGACCCUGGAUGCAACGGAGAUCCGCAUCAGGCUUGCAUCUGCGACGGUGGAGAGCUCUGCAAGGACACUCGUUGCGGAGUGAACGCUGCCUGCCGCAUCUACAAGAACCAGCCACAGUGUUACUGUCCUCCUAAUUUCCCGUUCGGUGACCCGAUGCACGGUUGUAGCGUGGACAGGAGUUUAGGCGACUGUCGAACGAUCGGCUGCGGAAAAGGCGCGGAAUGCAUACGGGACGGAACGAUAUUCGUGUGUCGGUGUCCACCGGGUACGAGCGGUUCGCCGGAUAUCGAGUGCACCACAGAGCGCGAAUGCACCAGUGACUUAGAGUGCCCCAAUGAAAAAGCCUGCAUAAACCUUCAAUGCGUGGACCCGUGCGGUCUGCGGGGCGCCUGUGGGAUCAACGCUCUGUGUCGUGUGGUUCUGCACAAGCCGCGGUGCUCCUGUCCGCAGUGCUAUAUCGGUAUGCCCCGCACGGCCUGUCAUCCAGAUCCCAAAUGCGACACGCUCAAUCCCAGACCUACACCGAGCAUCGGUUGCUCCUCCGAUCACGACUGCCCGGAGAGCCUCGCCUGUCAUUCACGUACGGGCGAGUGCCGGGACCCGUGCUUGAGUUCCCGAUACGCCUGCGAGGUAAACAAGAGAUGCCAGGUGCGGAAUCACCGGCCCACCUGCGUCUGCAAAUACGGUUUCGUGGUGAACGAGGUCGGCGAGCUGACAUGCGCCCCCGACACAUUGACGUGCACGAGGGACUUCGACUGUCCGUCGAACGCCGCCUGCGUGAACGGGAAAUGCCAGAAUCCCUGUAACGUCAGAAAGAAAAAACCGUGCCCGGCCGAUAAAACCUGCGACGUCCUGGACCACCGUCCCGUCUGCAUAUGCACACAAAACUGCAAUCCCUCCCUCUCCAUUUGCCUGCGAGACAGUGGCUGCUCUCCAGACUUGGCGUGCCGCAACUAUCGCUGCGUGGACCCAUGCAGAAACUCCACCUGUCCGGCUGAUGCCCCCUGUUACGUGGAGGAGCACAAGCCUAUCUGCAAGUUCUGUCCCCCCGGCUUUGUGCCAGAUACUAAAUACGGAUGCAUGGAAGAUACCAAAUGCACAACGCACGACGACUGUCUUUCCCAAUUGGCCUGUAUAAACCAGCAGUGCUUGAACCCAUGCACCAUCGAGAACCCGUGCGACUUCGUCGAGAUCUGCCACGUUCAAGAUCACAGACCAGUUUGCGUGAAAGACGUAACGAACGACACGGGUUGCCCUUACUGUCCAGCCGGAAUGCAUUGCGAUUCAGCGACGAGCACAUGCGUCAAAGCGGGUUGCACUAGCGACAAAGAUUGUCCGCUGACCACUGCGUGCAUCGCGGGAACUUGUCAGGAACCGUGCCUCGUGCGGAAUCCGUGUGCGAGAAACGCGAUUUGCGUUAACACCAAUCACCGAGCGGACUGUAGCUGCGACGACGGCUACCACGGAAACGGCUUCAUCUACUGUGCUCUGGAGGACGAGGGCAAAAACAUUUGCCAGUACAACGAAGACUGUCCACCGAGCAAGUACUGUGACCGUCUGAACAGACUCUGCAUAGAUCCUUGUCUGGAGACGGACUGUGGUUCUAACGCAAACUGCUUACCCUUGAAUCACCAAGCACAGUGCAAGUGCUUGCCAGGAUACGAAGGCAAUCCUCUCAUCGGCUGCACGAAACUGUCCUCGGAUCCGUGUGUUCCGAAUCCUUGUGGGUUGGAUGCAAUGUGCGAGAACGACAAUGGCAAUCCGAUCUGCUUCUGUCCUAAAGGUCUCACUGGGAAUCCCUUCGAACAUUGCAUUCCAGACGGUGACAUGUGUCAAGGGAAUCCCUGCGGAGUCAACUCCGGUUGCCGCGUGGUCGCGGGGAAAGUUAGGUGCUUCUGUCUGCCAGGGUACGAGGGAAAUCCUCCUCAAGCUCCCUGCACGCUCCCGAACAAUCCCUGUGAGCCGUCUCCGUGUGGACCCAACACACAGUGCACGAUCCUCUCCAACGGUCUCUCGAAGUGCACCUGCUUGCCUGGCUACAUCGAGACUCCCAACACUAUCAGGGGAUGUGGGCCUAAGUCUGACCAGUGCGAUCCUAAUCCUUGCGGACUCGGUGCAAAAUGCGACGCGGACAGAGUACCGGCUUGUUACUGUCCUGAACAUACGGUUGGAAAUCCUUAUCAGAGCUGUGCAGUACCGCCAUCCGAUAUGCACGACCCUUGCUUGCUGAUCCCCUGCGGUAAGAACGCCAUUUGUUUCGCUGAAGACGGGGUUGCAAGGUGCAAAUGCGUCCCACCGUACAUCGGUAAUCCGUACAUCGAUGGCUGCGAGGCCGAGUGUUUCGUGAAUCAGGACUGCGACAGUCAACUGGCAUGCUUCAAUCAACACUGCAGAGACCCCUGCCCUGGCGUUUGCGGCGCCAACGCAAAAUGCGAAGUAGACGACCACGUUCCAGUCUGUUCUUGUCUGCCUGGAUACACCGGAGAUCCGUUCGGCUCCUGCAAAAUCGAAAAAUCUCCUCUUCCACCUCAGAAUCCUUGCAUGCCAUCACCGUGCGGACCGCACAGCAUCUGCCGCGUGAUGAACGACCGCGCAGUUUGUUCUUGCAGUCCAGGAUAUCAUGGAACACCACCAUCUUGUCGUCCAGAGUGUCUGGUCAGCUCGGAAUGUCCUGUGCACCUAGCCUGCAUCGGCCAAAAAUGCGGAGAUCCUUGUUCCAGUUUGUGUGGUCAGAACGCUCUAUGCCAAGUGAUCAGUCACAACCCCAUUUGUAGUUGUCCUCCCGAAUAUACCGGUGAUCCGUUUACGCAGUGCCUGGAAGAUUCGCCUAUAUCUUUUUCGUUAGUCGUGCCGCUACCAGGACCGAAGAACCCUUGCGUACCUGCCCCCUGUGGCCCGAACGCAGACUGUCGCGUGCAGGAAGACCAUCCUGUCUGCACAUGCAUCAGUGGAAUGUUUGGGGCCCCACCAAAUUGCAGACCGGAGUGUUUGAUUCAUCAGGACUGUCCAAACUAUCUAGCGUGCGUCCAGAAGAAAUGCGUGGAUCCUUGCGCCGGGUCCUGUGGAUUUAAUACCAAUUGUACCGUGCAGAAUCAUCGUCCUAUGUGCCAGUGUUACCAGGACUACGAAGGGGAUCCUUUCUCGGGGUGUAAUAAAGUUUCGUUCCCGGGGGCAUUGCCGUGCGAUCCAUCUCCGUGUGGCGCGAACGCAGUCUGCAAGGAACGCAACGGAGCUGGCUCGUGCAGCUGCUUACCCGAUUACACCGGAGAUCCUUACGCAGGAUGCAGACCGGAGUGCGUUCAAAAUUCCGACUGCGUCCAUACGAAGGCCUGCAUAAACAACAAGUGCAAAGACCCGUGCGUGGGUGCUUGUGGAAUAAACGCACAGUGUCAAGUGAUCAACCAUCAGCCUUCGUGCAGUUGUCUGUCUGGGUACACCGGAGAUCCUCUCCAAUCUUGCCAUAUAUCGCCUGUAACACCGCUACCGGGUGAUCCAUGCCAACCUUCUCCCUGCGGUCCGUACAGCAACUGUCGCGUGAUCGACAACCAUGCAGUCUGUUCUUGUCAACCAGACUAUGUUGGUAGCCCACCGCAAUGUCGACCGGAGUGUGUGGUUAGCACCGACUGCGCCCAGAACACGGCGUGUAUCACUCAGAAAUGCAGGGAUCCGUGUGUGGGCACAUGUGGACAGAAUGCUGAUUGUCAGGUCAUCAACCAUAAUCCAGUCUGUAGUUGCACGUCCGGAUACACCGGUGAUCCAUUCUUCGGAUGCGUAAAAGAACCGGAAGGCAAGCAGCCUGGAGGAGAACCAAGCGGCAACCCGUGCAUCCCAUCGCCGUGCGGAUCUAAUUCACAGUGUCGCGUAAUAGACGGCUUCCCAGCCUGUUCUUGUCUACCAAACUACGUGGGCAGGGCUCCAAAUUGUCGUCCAGAAUGUGUCAUCAACGAAGGAUGUCCUGGAAACCUCGCCUGCCAGAACGAACAAUGCGUGGAUCCUUGUCCAGGAUCCUGCGGCGUGAAUACCUUCUGCAACGUUGUGAAACACAAUCCCGUUUGCAUCUGCAACGCUGGGUACACCGGAGAUCCAUUCACGGAGUGCGUGCACAUAAUGGAAGAACCUACCACAACCGAACAACCUCGCACGCCAUGCAACCCAUCACCCUGCGGUGCAAAUGCAAUCUGCAACGAAAGAAAUGGCGUGGGAUCCUGCACGUGCUUGCCAGAAUACGUCGGCGAUCCUUACACAGGUUGCAGACCCGAAUGCGUUACAAACGCCGAUUGCGAACGAGAUAAGGCUUGUCUUAAUAACAAAUGUGUCAACCCUUGCCCCGGAACUUGUGGACAGGGAGCUACUUGUCGAGUGGUUAACCACACGCCAUCUUGCUCUUGUCUACCUGGUUACACCGGAGAUCCGUUCAAUUCCUGCACGGCGAUAGUGGUAACGCCCGAACCGGUACCAGAGAAUCCUUGCGAACCUUCACCCUGCGGACCCAACAGCAACUGUCGCGUGCACAAUGAGCACGCAGUAUGCCUGUGCCAGCCUGGAUUCGUCGGAAUACCACCUACCUGUCGUCCUGAAUGCAUCGUCAGCUCGGAAUGUCCUCAGAACAAAGCGUGCAUCGAGAACAAGUGCGCGGAUCCUUGCCCAGGCUCUUGCGGAGUGAACACCAAAUGCCUAACCGUGAACCAUAAUCCCAUUUGCACUUGUGCCGCGGGCUACACGGGCAACCCGCUCGAGUAUUGCGCGAGGUUCAACGUUUCCGACACUCCUUCGAAGGGCGCUGGUAAUCCGUGCUCUCCGAAUCCUUGCGGACCGAAUUCCCAGUGCAAGGUAAUCGGUUCUCAGCCUGCUUGCUCGUGUCUACUGAACUACAUUGGACGUCCACCGAACUGUAGACCCGAAUGUACUGACAACUCUGACUGUUUCCACUCGGCGGCCUGUGUGGAUCAACGAUGCAAGAAUCCUUGCCCGGGAGCAUGCGGCGAACUGGCGAAGUGUACGGUUCAAAAUCACGUACCGAUUUGUACCUGCCCCGAGGGUUACGAGGGCGACGCUGCUAUCCGCUGCGUCCUGGCGCCUCCUCCAACGACAGAUAUAAGCAUGGUUAAUCCUUGUUCACCGAAUCCUUGCGGUCCAAACGCGCAGUGUCGCGAGAGGAACGGUGCAGGAGCGUGUGCUUGUCCCCCAGACCUUAUCGGAGACCCCUACGAUAACGAGAAAGGAUGCCACAGGGAAUGCGAAUCGAACAACGACUGUGCUCCGCAAUUGGCUUGCGUCGGAUUCAAGUGUUCCGAUCCUUGUCCUAGUACUUGCGGCAUGUUGUCAAUUUGUAACGUCCAGCAACACGUUCCUAUGUGCACGUGUCCCCCUGGAUAUACCGGAGACCCGUACUUUGCUUGUGAAAUCAAAGAAAUGACCAGAGUACCUCCAUCGGAUCCAUGCUCGCCAUCGCCCUGCGGACCCAACAGUAAGUGCCGGGAAGUAAACAGCCAGGCAGUGUGCACGUGUCUUCCAGAGUACAGAGGAAUCCCACCAAACUGCAGACCCGAAUGCGUGGUGAACGCCGAGUGCCCGCUUCAUCUUACCUGCCUGAACAAGAAAUGUGCAGAUCCUUGCCCGAACACCUGCGGAUUGAGAGCACAGUGUACCACCAAGAACCAUAAUCCGAUUUGCACGUGUCCUGUGGGCUUCACUGGCGAUCCUUUCACUCAGUGUUCGCCUAUCAUUUACGACGUCACCUCCAGCACAGAGCGGCCACCAUCUUGUACACCAUCACCCUGUGGUCCGAACUCCUUGUGCCAAAUCAUAUCCGGAAACCCUGCAUGUUCUUGUCUGCCUAAUUACACCGGCGUUCCUCCAGAGUGCAGACCAGAGUGCAUUUUAAGCUCCGAGUGCAAGAGUCAUCUGGCAUGUGUCAAUCAGAAGUGUCAAGAUCCCUGCCCGGGCUCCUGCGGCGUCAACGCUCAGUGCCACGUUCUGAAUCACAUACCAGUUUGCACGUGCAUGGAAAGCUUCACUGGAAAUCCUUUCACGCAGUGCACAGUAAUUCCUCCAACCACGGUGCCGCCAGUAAGUGAUCCGUGCAGUCCAUCGCCCUGCGGACCGAACGCCAUAUGCAGAAACGGCGACUGCGAAUGUCUCUCAGAGUACAUAGGCAAUCCGUACGAAGCGUGUCGUCCAGAAUGCGUUUUGAACUUAGAGUGCCCACGCGACAAAACCUGUCUGAGAAACAAAUGCAAGGAUCCUUGUCCUGGAACGUGUGGUCAAAACGCCGUCUGCGACGUCGUGAACCACAUACCUAGCUGCUCUUGUCCGCCUGGAUACGUCGGAGAUCCGUUCGUCAGCUGUCGUAUCCAGCCACAAGUACCCCAUACAUCUAAGGAUCCGUGCACGCCCGUGUCACCCUGCGGGCCGAACAGUCAGUGUCGCAACGUGGAAGAUCAUGCCGUGUGUUCUUGUCUUCAAGGAUACCUCGGUUCUCCACCCUCGUGUAGGCCAGAGUGUGUUGUGAGCUCGGAGUGCCCGCCAACGCGCGCCUGUGUAAACAAGAAGUGUACAGAUCCUUGCUUGGGAUCUUGUGGCUUGAAUGCGAGAUGCGAAGUGAUCAAUCAUUCGCCAAUCUGCAGUUGUCUACCUGGCCAAACGGGAGAUCCUUUCAAGAGCUGUUACGACGUUCCAGAUGUGCCGGACGGCAAAGACACUGGAGAUCCUUGUAGCCCGUCACCCUGCGGACCAAACGCUCAGUGCCAGGAUGCAAACGGUUAUCCAUCGUGUUCUUGCCUUCCCUCGUACAUAGGCACCCCGCCAUCGUGUCGCCCAGAGUGUCUGAUCAAUCCUGAUUGCCCGUCCGACAAGGCGUGCAUAAACUCAAAGUGCACGGACCCCUGUCCGGGAUCCUGCGCGGAGAACGCCAAGUGCAUCGUCGUUAAUCAUGCUGUCGUGUGCUCGUGCACAACCGGUUACACCGGAAAUCCAUUCGUCCAGUGCAUCGAACUAGAAGAAGAAGCUAUUAAUCCCUGUGAGCCCUCGCCCUGUGGUCCAAACGCAAUCUGCCAACAACGGGACAACGUGGGCGCGUGCAUCUGCAUCGACGACUAUCAUGGCAACCCUUACGAAGGGUGUCAACCAGAGUGCAUUCUCAGCUCCGACUGUCCAACGAACAAAGCCUGCGUCCGCUAUAAAUGCGAGGAUCCUUGUCCGGGCAUAUGCGGCAUUCAGGCUCAGUGUUCCGUCAUCAACCACAUUCCAACCUGCACCUGCGAACCUGGCUACAUGGGGGAUCCUUUCACAAUUUGCACACCGCCCCUGAUCACGGAUACGGAACCAACCGUGACGGACCCAUGCAAUCCAUCGCCUUGCGGGCCCAACAGUUUGUGCAGAGCUGUCAACGAACAGGCCGUCUGCACCUGCCAGGAGUCCUACAUCGGUUCACCUCCGAACUGCAGGCCCGAGUGCGUCGUGAACUCCGAGUGUCCUCAGAACAGAGCGUGUUACAAAUACAAGUGCACGGACCCGUGCCCUGGAACAUGCGGAGUGAGUGCCAAUUGUCGCGUGAUCAACCACAAUCCACUGUGUAGCUGCUCGCAGGGCACCACGGGAGAUCCUUUCUCCAGGUGUUACCCUCAAACAGUUGCGCCAGUCCCACCGAUCGGCGACCCCUGCACACCGAGCCCAUGCGGUCUUUACGCAGAGUGCAGGGCAAUUGGCGACCAAGCAGCUUGCUCUUGUUUGAAGAACUACAUAGGUCUGCCGCCCAACUGUAGACCCGAGUGCGUUGUCAACACCGAUUGUGCAUCGAAUCAAGCGUGCAUCUCUGAGAAAUGUCGAGAUCCUUGCGUCGGAUCGUGCGGUCAGAGCGCAGACUGUCGUGUACAGAACCAUAUUCCUGUUUGCCUUUGUCAAACGGGAUACACCGGUGAUCCUUUCACGCUGUGUACACAGAUAAUGGAACAACCGAGAGUACCCGAGGAUCUGUGCAACCCAUCUCCUUGCGGACCUAACGCAGAAUGCGACGAGGGUAACUGUAGGUGUCUUCCGAACUACUUCGGUGAUCCUUUCUCGUACUGUCGUCCGGAGUGUACCAUGAACUCAGACUGCUCCAGAGCGAAAGCAUGCGUGAAUCAUUACUGCCUAGAUCCUUGCGUUGGCACCUGUGGAACCAAUGCACGCUGCGACGUUGUUAAUCAUAUCCCAAUGUGCAGCUGCCCUCCCGGAAAUACCGGGGAUCCUUUCACCCUUUGUCGGCCACACCUGAUAGACGAACCCAGGAAACAGCCAUGCACUCCAUCUCCUUGCGGAGCGAACAGUGUUUGCAAAGUAGUGAACGAUCACGCGGUCUGCUCGUGUCAACCUGGACUAAUAGGCAGUCCACCAGCCUGCAGACCAGAAUGUGUGGUCAGCGCAGAUUGUCCAUUGACGCAAGCGUGUCUUGGCAACAAGUGUCAGGAUCCGUGUCCGGGCACUUGUGGUCAGAACUCCAAGUGCCAAGUGGUCAAUCACAAUCCGAUAUGCAUCUGCUACGAAGGACACACCGGUGAUCCGUUCACCAGGUGUUACCCAAUGCCCAGGGAGCCACCGAAGCCGACGAACCCUUGCCAACCAUCCCCUUGCGGACCGAACGCGGAGUGCCAAGUGAGGAGCGACAGUCCAGCCUGUUCGUGUAUACAAAAUUACAUCGGUGUGCCACCGAAUUGCAGACCCGAGUGUACGAUAAACCCGGAGUGUCCGCCGCAUUUAGCGUGUAUGCAACAAAAGUGUCGCGAUCCGUGUGUCGGUCUGUGCGGUUCGAACGCUCGUUGCUCGGUAGUUAAUCACAACGCGGUGUGCGCGUGCGCCGAAGGUUACACCGGAAAUCCGUUCAGCGUUUGCGAGCCGGUCGCCAAGGGUGAGAAACCAUGCGAGCCAUCCCCAUGCGGUACCAACGCGAUCUGUCGCGAAAACAACGGCGUUGGUUCCUGUUCCUGUCCUCCGGACUACCUAGGCGACCCCUACGAAGGAUGCAGACCCGAAUGCACCCAAAAUUCCGAUUGCGCCAAGACGAUGGCCUGCACGGGCCUAAAAUGCAGAGACCCGUGCCCAGGAACCUGCGGAUUGCAAGCCCGAUGCGAAACGAUCAAUCACGUUCCAGUCUGUUCGUGUAACACUGGCUACACAGGCAACCCCUUCACCUAUUGCUCCCCCGUCGUGUUCGAUCCUACCCCCAUUGAGUCUGACCCGUGUAGUCCGUCCCCCUGUGGACCCAACAGUAAAUGUCGAAACGUGAACGAUCACGCUGUCUGUACCUGUCUCGCAAAUUUCGUUGGAAAUCCACCGAAUUGUCGACCCGAGUGUGUGAUGAACAGCGAAUGCCCGUUGGACCUCGCGUGCAUCAAUCAAAAAUGCACGCCCCCUUGCACGAACUCCUGCGGUAUCAACACGCAGUGCAAAGUGAUCAACCACAGUCCUAUUUGCAUCUGCAACCUUGGAUACACCGGCGACCCGUUCACGAAAUGCUUCCCCGCUCCACCCCCGAUAGAUCCCUGCGUGCCGUCACCCUGUGGCAUGUACGCGGAGUGCAGGAGUAUCGGUGGUACCCCAUCCUGUUCCUGCUUGCCCAGAUACGUUGGAUCCCCGCCAAAUUGCCGACCAGAGUGUCGUGUGAACUCCGACUGUCCCAUGAGUCUCGCGUGCAGCAGCGAGAAGUGCAGGAAUCCUUGCUUAGGCUCCUGCGGCGUCACGUCGUUGUGCUCGGUGUACAACCACGUGCCCGUGUGCACGUGCCCCGAGGGAUACACCGGGGAUCCCUUCAGCAACUGUCAUCCAGCCCCGACCGAGCCACCUGAACCAGUUGUCACUGAUCCUUGCGCGUCGACACCCUGUGGCUCGAACGCGCGCUGCGAUAAUGGUUUGUGCACCUGUUUGGCGGAGUUUCAGGGCGACCCCUACGUGGGCUGUCGCCCCGAGUGCGUGUUGAACACGGAUUGUCCUCAGAAUCGUGCCUGCGUGAGGAACAGGUGCGCUGAUCCUUGCCCAGGCACGUGCGGCCAUAACGCCCUGUGCCUCGUGUACAACCACGUGCCCAUGUGCAGCUGCCCUAGCGGAAUGGAAGGCAACGCUUUCGUUCAAUGCAUCGCCCUUCGAGAUCCCGUGCAGAGGAACCCUUGUUCGCCCUCGCCCUGCGGACCCAAUAGUGCGUGUCGAGAGAUCAACGAGCAGCCAGUGUGUUCCUGUGUAGCAGGAUUUCUUGGUGUGCCGCCUGCUUGCAGACCAGAGUGCACAGUCAGUUCCGACUGUCCCCUAACGGAAGCGUGUAGCAAUCAGAGAUGCAUAAACCCCUGUCCCGGUACCUGUGGCUUCAGAGCCGUCUGCAACGUCGUUAAUCACAAUCCCAUAUGCAGCUGCUCGCCAGGACUCUCUGGCGAUCCUUUCGUCCAAUGCACGCUGGAACCGAUUGGCCGCCCGAUAGAGAAUCCCUGCGAUCCUUCUCCGUGUGGACCCAACGCUCAAUGUCGAGUCGUUAACGACGCACCCUCGUGCUCGUGUUUGCCGGAAUUCAUGGGAGUCCCUCCGAAUUGCAAGCCCGAGUGUAUCAGCAACAGCGAGUGUCCGAGUCAGUUGGCCUGCGUGAACCGGAAAUGCAGGGAUCCUUGCCCCGGUUCCUGCGGCGCGAACGCAGAGUGUCGUGUUGUUAGUCACACACCGAUGUGCGUGUGUCCCGGAGACUACACUGGCGAUCCUUUCACUCAGUGCACCCCUAAACCACCCGUCCCAGUCUAUCUUUCCCCGUGCAAACCGUCGCCCUGCGGUUUCAACGCGAUGUGCAAAGAACAAAACGGCGUCGGUUCCUGCUCCUGUCUGCCCGAUUACAUCGGAAAUCCUUACGAAGGUUGUCGACCAGAGUGCGUGAUCGACACGGACUGUCCCUCGACCUUGAGCUGUAUUCGCUCCAAGUGCCAGGACCCUUGCCCGGGCACUUGCGGUAUUAACACCGAAUGCCAGGUUAUCAAUCAUCGUCCCGCGUGCACUUGCAUCUCUGGGUACAGUGGAAAUCCCUUCCAAUACUGUACCUUGAUUCGUGAUAUAGAGGACCAAACGCAAUACAAGGACCCGUGCAACCCAUCGCCCUGCGGACCAAACAGUCAAUGUCGCGUGGUGAACGAACAGGGAGUGUGUUCCUGUCUACCAGAGUACACAGGUUCACCACCUAUGUGUCGUCCCGAGUGUGUCCUGAACUCUGAGUGCCCUGACAACCGAGCUUGCGUUAACCGGAAAUGCGUGGAUCCAUGUACCAGUUCGUGUGGCACGUUCGCCACCUGCGUGGUCAGGAACCACAGUCCAAUCUGUGCUUGCAGAAACUCGUACACUGGAGAUCCAUUCACUAGAUGCUUCCCUGUUCCACCAUCCCUGCCUCCUUCGACAGUAGAAACGUCGCAACCUUGUUUCCCUUCCCCGUGCGGUCCGUACUCCGAAUGCCGUGUGGUAAACGGAGGUCCAUCCUGUCAGUGUUUGCCCGAGUAUAGCGGAAGUCCUCCCAACUGUAGACCAGAAUGCACUAUCAAUUCCGACUGUCCCAGCAACAGAGCUUGCAUCAGACAGAAGUGUGCGGAUCCCUGUUUAGGGUCUUGCGGAGUAGGGACCCAGUGCAACGUGUUCAAUCAUGUGCCCAUGUGCACGUGCGUCGAGGGAUACACUGGAGACCCAUUCAACAACUGUUACCCGACACCACCGCAGUUACCGCCUCCCGAAACUGAUCCUUGCAAUCCGUCGCCCUGCGGACCAAACGCUCAGUGCAACGCAGGAGCGUGCACCUGUUUGCCAGAUUAUCAGGGCGAUCCCUACACCAGCUGUCGCCCUGAAUGCGUCCUGAACAGCGACUGUGCUCAGAACAGAGCUUGCGUUCGCAACAAGUGCGUGGAUCCUUGUUCGGGCACUUGCGGUAGAGAUGCUAUAUGCAAUGUCCUGAAUCAUGUGCCUAUGUGCAGUUGCCCAGCCGAAAUGUCUGGUAACGCGUUCAUAUCUUGCGACAGAAUCGAAGAACCAGUUCAAGCAAAUCCUUGUAAUCCGUCUCCCUGUGGACCCAACAGUCAGUGCCGAGCUAUAAACGGUCAAGGAGUAUGCUCCUGCGUACCAGGAUAUCUUGGUAGUCCGCCUAGUUGCAGGCCAGAGUGUGUAGUUAGUUCAGAUUGUCCCAGAAGUCAGGCCUGCAACAACCAAAAGUGCAUCGAUCCUUGUUCUGGUACCUGUGGCCUCAAGGCCCUCUGUCAAGUUGUUAAUCAUAACCCUGUGUGCAGCUGUCCCUCGGGUUUCACAGGCGAUCCGUUCACUAGAUGCCAACCCAUUCCUGCGAGUGUUCCAACGGAAGAUACGUGCGCUUCUUGCCAAUGCGGUCCGAAUUCCGUUUACCAAACGAUCAACGGUCAACCAUCUUGCGCCUGUCUGCCCGAUUUUAUCGGUUCCCCGCCAAACUGUAGGCCAGAGUGCGUGAGCAACAGCGAAUGUUCCAGCCAUUUAGCAUGCAUCAAUAGAAAAUGUCGAGACCCUUGUCCCGGCUCGUGUGGUUCCAACGCUGAAUGCCGCGUGGUCAGUCACACACCAAUGUGCGGUUGCCUCAGUGGCUACACAGGCGACCCAUUCACGCAGUGUGCACUCAAACGACCCGAAAGCGAACCCACGUUGCUGUCCCCGUGUGUACCAUCACCUUGCGGCCCUAACGCGAUAUGUAAAGAACAAAACGGAGCAGGUUCCUGUUCCUGUGCCCAGGAUUACUUAGGAAACCCGUACGAAGGAUGUCGACCAGAAUGCACGGUAAAUUCCGACUGCCCCUCGAACCUGGCCUGCAUAAGAUCGAAGUGCCAGAACCCCUGUCCCGGCACCUGUGGUCAGAACGCGGAUUGCGCGGUGAUAAAUCACUUGCCAAGUUGCACUUGCCUGGCCGGAUACACCGGGGACCCCUUCCUUAAUUGCAACCUCCAGCCGCAGAUCCCCCUCGAAGCAGAAAAUCCUUGUAACCCGUCGCCGUGCGGACCCAACAGCCUGUGCCACGUAACGAACGGCCAGGCUGUCUGCUCCUGCUAUCGCGAUUACGUAGGAAGUCCACCAGGAUGCCGACCGGAAUGUGUCGUCAGCUCAGAAUGUCCCUCGAACCAAGCUUGCGUCGGUCAGAAAUGCCUCGACCCUUGUCCUGGCCGCUGUGGUACCAACACAGACUGCAGGGUCGUAAACCACAGUCCUAUCUGUGUUUGCAAGCUGGACUUCACCGGGGACCCCUUCACCAGAUGCUUCCCGACGCCAAAACCAUUGCCAGCGCCCGUUGAAAACCCCUGUGUACCAUCACCCUGUGGCCCUUACUCGGAAUGCCGCGACAUAGGAGGCUCUCCCUCCUGUACCUGUUUACCAAAUUACACGGGCGGCCCGCCAAAUUGUAGACCGGAAUGUACGAUAAAUCCUGAUUGCCCCAGCAACAGAGCUUGCAUGAGGGAAAAAUGCAGAGACCCCUGUCCGGGCUCUUGCGGCAUCGGUGCAAUGUGCAACACGAUCCAGCACAUUCCGACUUGCGUUUGUCCCGAAGGUUUCACAGGAGAUCCGUUCACUAGUUGUCAACCAGUACCACCUCCAUCGUUAGAUGUCCCGUCAGACCCUUGCAACCCCUCGCCCUGUGGCACGAACGCGGAGUGCAAUAACGGUCUGUGUAGCUGUCCUUCCGGUUACGUGGGAAGUCCGUACGAGCUCUGUCAACCCGAGUGCGUAACCAACGACCAUUGUCCCUUCAACAGAGCUUGCGUUCGCAACAAAUGCACGGACCCUUGUAUCGGAACCUGCGGCCAAAAUGCGGUCUGCAACGUUUACGACCACGUUCCCAUGUGCAGUUGCCCGCCUGGAAUGUCUGGAAACGCAUUUGUACUCUGCUCCGUAUUACGAGAACCGCUACCUCAGGAUCCUUGCAGACCCUCCCCUUGUGGCUCUAACAGUCAGUGUCGCGUCGUAAAUGGCCAGGCUGUCUGCAGUUGCGUACAAGGAUACCAAGGAACUCCGCCAUCUUGCAGGCCCGAAUGCUUGGUCAGCUCCGACUGUCCGCGUAAUCUAGCUUGCAGCAAUCAGAAAUGCAUAGAUCCUUGCCUAGGUACCUGCGGUCUGAGGACUCAGUGUCAAGUUGUCGGUCACAAUCCGAUUUGCAGUUGUCUUCCGAGAUACUCUGGGGAUCCUUUCACCAGAUGCGACCCGAUAAUCGAGACACCGAUCGAGCCUGUAAAUCCGUGUCAACCGUCUCCCUGCGGACCAAACGCACUGUGUCGCGUGGUGAACGAUUCGCCAUCUUGCACAUGCUUGCCCGAUUUCAUUGGAGCGCCUCCCAGUUGCAGGCCAGAAUGUGUCAGCAACAGCGAGUGCUCGGGAAAUCUUGCUUGCAUGAACCAAAAGUGCAGGGACCCUUGUCCCGGCGCUUGCGGUUCGAACACGGAAUGUCGAGUCGUGAGUCACACGCCGAUGUGCGUUUGCAUCAACGGAUACACUGGAGAUCCCUUCACCCAGUGCUCCAUCCAACAACCAAUGAUCGUCGAAAAUGAAUCGCCCUGCAUACCGUCACCCUGUGGAGCAAACGCUGUCUGCAAAGAGCAAAACGGUGCGGGCUCUUGCACCUGCUUGCAAGACUAUAUAGGAAAUCCUUACGACGGAUGUCGACCCGAGUGUGUCGUCAACUCCGAUUGCGUAUCAAAUAUGGCGUGCGUUCGGUCCAAGUGUCAGGAUCCCUGUCCAGGCACCUGCGGUCAGAACGCCGUUUGCCAAGUGAUCAAUCAUUCUCCUGCAUGCUCGUGCAUGCCUGAAUUCACUGGCGAUCCGUUCAGAUUCUGCAGCCCUAUUUUAUCGACGGAACCAGUUGCCACGGACCCAUGCAAUCCAUCCCGAUGCGGACCAAACAGUCAAUGUAACGUAGUCAACGGGCAGCCAGUUUGCGCUUGUUUGCCAGAGUAUAUCGGAACUCCGCCUGGAUGUCGCCCUGAGUGCGCGAUGAGCUCUGAGUGCCCUGCUAACAGGGCUUGCGUGAACAACAAGUGCAUCAAUCCGUGCCCACAGCCUUGUGGCUCGAACACCAAUUGCAGAGUUUUAAAUCACAGUCCGGUUUGCAGUUGCAAGCAAGGCUACACGGGAGAUCCGUUCAGUAGAUGUUUCCCCAUGCCAAAACCUCUACCUGGUCCGGUCGUUCAGAAUCCUUGCGUACCAUCGCCGUGCGGACCUUACGCGGAGUGUCGUGACAUUGGCGGAGCGCCAUCUUGUUCUUGUCUCGCGUCUUACAUCGGUAGCCCGCCUAACUGUAGACCCGAGUGCACCGUCAAUUCCGAUUGCCCCAGUAAUCAGGCCUGCAUAAACCAAAAAUGCAGAGAUCCCUGCCCUGGGUCCUGCGGAUCAUCAGCCACCUGUAACGUCAUCAACCACACACCAUCUUGCGUUUGCCCUGUAGAUUUCACGGGCGAUCCGUUCACGAACUGUUACCCGAAACCGAUCGAGGAACCAGUAAGACCUGCGGACCCCUGCAAUCCUUCACCUUGCGGCGCAAACGCCUUGUGCGCGGACGGCAGCUGUUCUUGCUUGCCGGAAUAUCAGGGCGAUCCUUACACCGGUUGUCGACCAGAAUGUGUCCUAAAUAGCGACUGUCCCACUUCUCGAGCUUGCAUUCGCAACAAGUGCACGGACCCAUGUCCGGGAACUUGCGGUCAGAACGCACAGUGCAACGUCUACAACCACAUACCUAUGUGUAGCUGCCUGCCUGGAAUGACAGGGAACGCCUUCGUUUCUUGUCGUCCAAGCAGAGGACCGGAAGAUCCCUGCAAUCCAUCUCCUUGUGGGCCCAACAGUCUUUGUCGCAUAGUUAACGAGCAAGCAGUGUGCACUUGCGUGGCCAGUUUCAUUGGAACGCCGCCAUCUUGCAGACCCGAGUGUAGUGUCAGCUCCGACUGUCUAAAGACUCAAGCCUGCAGCAAUCAGAAAUGCGUUAACCCUUGCGCCGGGUCUUGCGGUAUCAGGGCCCAGUGUCAAGUGACCAACCAUAAUCCCAUAUGCAGCUGCUCGGCAGGCUUUACCGGCGAUCCUUUCGUCAGAUGCGAGCCCCAACUGGAAGAACCACCAACCCCUGUCAAUCCUUGCUAUCCGUCACCUUGCGGACCUAACGCGUUCUGCCAAGUAGUAAAUGACUCGCCCUCGUGUUCUUGUUUGCCCGAAUUCGUCGGAGACCCGCCAAAUUGUAGGCCUGAGUGUAUCACCAACAGCGAAUGCGCGAGUCAAUUGGCUUGUAUAAGAAACAAGUGUGGAGAUCCUUGUCCUGGCUCCUGUGGUGCUAACGCCGACUGUCGAGUUGUAAGUCAUACAGCCAUGUGCGUGUGCGUGGUCGGUUUCGUCGGGGAUCCCUUCACACAAUGUGUCGAAAGACAACCUGAAAUACAACCUACCCUCUCCACCCCAUGCACGCCGUCACCCUGUGGCUCGAACGCCAUUUGCAAAGAGCAGAACGGAGUAGGUUCCUGUACGUGUUUGCCCGAUUAUAUUGGCAACCCUUACGAGGGCUGUCGUCCAGAAUGUGUCAUAAAUUCCGAUUGCGUGUCCACUCGCGCUUGCAUCCGGUCCAAAUGCCAGGAUCCGUGUCCAGGAUCCUGUGGCACGAACGCCGAGUGUCAAGUUGUCAAUCACCUGCCAACGUGCUCUUGUUUCCCUGGUUAUACCGGCCAACCAUACCAGUUCUGUCAGCCUAUCGUUCCAGCCUUCGACGAGAAGAGAGAUCCAUGUUCUCCAUCACCGUGUGGACCGAACAGUAAUUGUCGAGUCGUCAACGACCAGGCAGUCUGUUCCUGUAUGCCAGAAUAUACUGGUUCCCCUCCAGGAUGUCGACCAGAGUGCGUGGUCAGUUCUGAAUGCCCGUCCAAUCUAGCGUGCAUUAAUCAGAAGUGCAAGAAUCCUUGUCCUGGACCAUGCGGGCUCGACGCAGAGUGCAACGUUAUUCAUCAUAGUCCAAUCUGUGCCUGCAGACAAAAGUAUACCGGUGAUCCGUUUAGUCGAUGUUUCCCAAUGCCAGAACUUCCUCCGGCAUUGUUACCUUCGAACCCAUGUUCUCCUUCGCCCUGCGGUCAAAACGCAGAGUGUCGCGACAUCAAUGGCAUAUCUUCUUGCUCCUGUCUGCCAAAUUACAUCGGCAGCCCUCCCAGCUGCCGACCGGAGUGCACGGUGAACUCCGAUUGUCCGCCGAAUCAAGCUUGCACCAGGGAAAAGUGCAGAGACCCUUGCCCCGGUUCAUGCGGCGUGUUUGCCCAAUGCAACGUCUUGAAUCAUGUACCGAUAUGUAGCUGCAUCGAGGGCUACACCGGUGAUCCAUUCAGUAACUGUUAUCCAAAACCUCCACCACAACCAACAGUUUCCGACGAUCCUUGCGAUCCAUCGCCGUGUGGGUCGAACACGGAGUGUAACAACGGUAUCUGUACUUGCCUGUCAGAGUACAGGGGCGAUCCUUACGCAGGGUGUCGACCCGAGUGUGUCAUGAACUCGGAUUGUUCUUUGAAUCAGGCGUGCGUCCGUAAUAAGUGUAUCGAUCCUUGCGUCGGCACCUGCGGACAGAAUGCAAUUUGCAACGUGUUCAACCACGUUCCAAUGUGCAGUUGCGAUCAAAGAAUGACUGGAAAUGCUUUCGUACUCUGUAGCCCAAUUCAAGAAAUAACACCGGAAACGCCGUGCAAUCCAUCGCCUUGCGGUCAGAACAGCCUCUGUCGACCUGUCAAUGGGCAAGCAGUCUGCACUUGUGUCCAGGGAUACGUAGGAAGUCCUCCAUCUUGUAGACCAGAAUGUGUGGUCAGUUCAGACUGUCCCAGAAACGAAGCCUGUAGCAAUCUGAAGUGCACGAACCCGUGUAUAGGAAGCUGUGGCAUUCGUACACAGUGUCAAGUCACAAAUCAUAAUCCCAUAUGCAGCUGUCUUCCGGGAUUGACGGGAGAUCCGUUCGUCAAGUGUGAUUCCAUCAUGGAGGUCAAACCUGAGGUCAUAAACGUGUGCAAACCAUCACCGUGUGGCCCCAACGCUCUGUGCCAAGUGGUAAACAAUUCCCCGUCUUGCACUUGUAUGCCCGGAUUCGUGAACUCCCCGCCUAACUGUCGACCCGAGUGCAUCAGCAACAGCGAGUGCGCGAGUCAUCUAGCUUGCAUAAAUCAGAAGUGUAGGGACCCGUGUCCUGGUUCUUGCGGAGCAAACGCCGAGUGUCGCGUGGUGAGCCACACGCCGAUGUGCGUCUGCUCCACCGGGUUCACCGGCGAUCCGUUCACGCAGUGCGUCGUGUUCGACGAACGAUUACCUUCCCCGUGCACGCCAUCCCCUUGCGGUUCGAACACCGUUUGCAAAGAGCAGGACGGCGUAGGUUCCUGCUCUUGUUUACCCGAAUACAUUGGCAAUCCAUACGAAGGAUGUCGACCGGAGUGCACGGUUAGCUCCGACUGCCCUUCGAACCUCGCUUGUACUCGAAAUAAGUGCCAGGACCCCUGCCCGGGCACCUGUGGACAGAAUUCCGUGUGUCAAGUGAUAAAUCACUCGCCCACGUGCUCAUGUAACACUGGCUACACCGGGGAUCCCUUCAGAUAUUGUCAAAUUGUGCGAGAACCUGACAUAGUCAGAGAUCCAGCAGACCCCUGUAUCCCGUCGCCUUGCGGGCCAAACAGUAAGUGUCGCGUAAUUUCCGGAAACGCAGUCUGUUCUUGCCUCCCCGACUAUACCGGAAGUCCUCCCUCGUGCCGUCCCGAGUGCGUGGUGAGCUCGGAUUGUCCUUCGAACCGAGCCUGCGUGAAUCAGAAGUGCGCGAAUCCCUGUCCACAACCGUGUGGACAGAACACCAAUUGUCUAGUCGUCAAUCACAGUCCUAUUUGUACCUGCAAAGACGGAAACACUGGCAACCCAUUUACCAGGUGUUUCCCUCUUCCACCUCAAUCAACGUUACCAGAUCUACCUCAGAACCCCUGCGUACCCUCACCCUGUGGUCCAUACUCCGAAUGUCGGGAUAUCGGUGGUGCUCCGUCUUGUUCCUGCUUAGCUAAUUAUUUCGGUAGCCCACCGAACUGUAGACCGGAGUGUACCGUGAACUCGGAUUGUCCCAGCGACAGGGCCUGCAUAAGGCAGAGAUGUACAGAUCCUUGUCCUGGAUCUUGCGGCGUGGCUGCAAUGUGCACGGUUUUCAAUCACGUGCCAAUUUGCUCCUGUGUGGAAGGAUUCACCGGCGAUCCUUUCAGCAGCUGCUCCCCUGCGCCACCUGCUAUACUGGUAGCCGAAGACCCCUGCAACCCAUCGCCUUGCGGUUCGAAUGCUCUGUGCAACGAUGGCAUUUGCACGUGUUUAUCGGAGUUUCAAGGCGACCCUUACGUGGGUUGUCGACCAGAAUGCGUCCUGAACACCGACUGCCCCCUGAACAGAGCUUGCCUCCGCAACAAGUGCGUGGAUCCUUGCGUUGGAACUUGCGGUCAGAGUUCAAUCUGUAACGUCUACAAUCAUGUGCCGAUGUGCAGCUGUCCGAUCGGAAUGACAGGCAACGCGUUCGUAUCUUGCACACCAUUCAGAGACCCAGUCGUGACCAAUCCUUGCAACCCAACACCCUGUGGACCGAACAGUCAGUGCAGAGAAGUGAACGAGCAAGCCGUGUGCACUUGCAUUCCGAGUUUCGUUGGUAUCCCACCAACGUGCAGACCAGAAUGCGUGGUGAGCACGGACUGCGGGCCAACGGAAGCUUGUAUCAAUCAGAAAUGCAGCAAUCCGUGUAUCGGUUCGUGCGGUAUCAGAGCCACCUGCCAAGUGGUCAAUCAUAAUCCGCUUUGCAGUUGCCCUGCAAGCUUGACCGGCGAUCCCUUCGUCAGAUGCGUCGAGAAACCACCGGAGGCGCCGCUACAAGAGAACCCUUGCAUUCCAUCACCCUGCGGUCCUAACGCUCUGUGUCAAACUAUCAAUGAUUCCCCGUCCUGUUCUUGCCUGCCGGAGUUCAGUGGUACGCCUCCUAACUGCAGACCCGAAUGCAUUAGCAAUAACGAAUGCCCGAACAACAUGGCGUGCAUCAAUCAGAAAUGCAGAGACCCUUGUCCUGGAUCCUGUGGCACGAACGCGGAGUGUCGCGCUGUAUCCCACACACCGAUGUGCAGUUGCUUUUCCGGAUACACUGGUGAUCCGUUCACUCAGUGUGUGGUGGAACAACUCAUACCGAUGUACGUGCCGGAACCUUGCGUGCCGUCUCCCUGCGGUGCAAACGCCCUGUGCAAAGAGAGAAACGGCGCAGGAUCAUGCUCCUGUCUGCCAGGGUAUAUUGGGAACCCGUACGAUGGUUGUCGACCAGAGUGCGUCAUAAAUUCGGACUGUGUCCCGAGCAAAAGCUGCGUGAGCUUCAAAUGCGAGGAUCCCUGUCCCGGAACUUGCGGCCAGAACGCGCUCUGCCAAGUGAUCAAUCACCUACCAACCUGUAGUUGCCUACCUAGAUUUACUGGGGAUCCGUUCAGAUACUGUCGCGAGGAAGAGAUAGUUACCCAACCGAGUUUGACGAAUCCCUGCCAGCCGUCACCGUGCGGACCCAACAGCGUCUGCAGAGAAAAUAACGGGCAGGCUGUUUGCUCGUGUUUGCCGGAAUACCUCGGUUCUCCACCCGGAUGCAGACCAGAAUGCGUGGCGAGCCCAGAAUGCCCCUCGAAUCUCGUCUGCGUGAAUCAGAAGUGCGUCGAUCCUUGUCCAGAUCCUUGCGGAAGGAACGCGGUCUGCAGAGUCAUCAAUCACAGUCCGAUAUGCUCCUGCCAGCAAGACUUCACCGGAGACGCGUUCUCUAUCUGUUUCCCCAGUCCACGUCCACAGCAGGAGCCCGUAACACCUACCCAGCAAGACCCGUGCUUACCAUCCCCUUGCGGCCCGUAUUCUCAAUGUCGAAACAUCGGAGGAAAUCCUUCUUGCUCUUGCUCGACCUCGUAUAUCGGUGUCCCACCAAAUUGCCGGCCAGAGUGCACUAUAAACGCAGAGUGUUCCAGUGCAUUGGCUUGCAUCCGCGAGAGGUGCUCGGAUCCUUGCCCGGGAUCCUGCGGUAUAGGAGCUAGAUGUACCGUUUUGAAUCAUGUCCCGAUUUGUUCUUGCCCGGAGGGCUACACCGGAGACCCCUUCAGCAGUUGUAUCUUGAAACCUGCUCCAUCCGAGGAACCAGUCUCAGACCCCUGCAACCCGUCCCCGUGUGGUGCAAAUGCCCUCUGUCGCGACGGUGUUUGCACUUGUCUUCCAGAGUACCAAGGAGAUCCGUACAGUGGUUGUCGACCUGAGUGCAUCAUGAACACCGAUUGUUCUCGCGAUAGAGCUUGUAAGAGGAACAAAUGCGUCGAUCCGUGCGCAGGAACCUGCGGACAGAACGCUCAGUGUCAGACCAUAAACCACAUUCCAAUGUGCAGUUGUCCAUCAGGGAUGUCCGGAAACGCUUUCGUUUCCUGUUCUCCAGUGCAGGAAGAUGUAAUGUCGAAUCCUUGCUCGCCAUCACCGUGCGGGCCGAACAGUCACUGCCAAGAAGUGAACGGAGUCGCGGUUUGUAAAUGCGUGGAAGGUUUCCUCGGGAAUCCGCCGACUUGUAGACCAGAAUGCGUCGUCAGUUCAGACUGCGAGCUUACAAAAGCUUGUAUCAAUCAAAAGUGCAGAGAUCCCUGUCCAGGCUCUUGCGCCAUAAGAGCCGAGUGCUCGGUGGUCAACCAUAAUCCCAUUUGUAGGUGUCCACCGAGCAUGUCAGGUGAUCCAUUCACCAGUUGCACGGUUAUAGUCGAACAGGUACCAGAACCGAUCAAUCCGUGUUUCCCGUCACCCUGUGGUCCGAACUCUCAGUGCCAGGUCGUGAACCAAGCACCGGCGUGCUCGUGUUUGCCAGAAUUUACUGGACCACCACCGAAUUGUAGGCCAGAGUGCGUUACAAACAGCGACUGUUCGAGUAGACAAGCUUGCGUCAGUCAGAAAUGCAGAGAUCCGUGUCCCGGUUUGUGCGGCGCCAACGCUGAUUGUAGUGUGUUCAGUCACACUCCGAUUUGCUCUUGCCUAUCAGGAUUUACUGGCGACCCAUUUGUUCAGUGCACCCCUGUUCCAAUUGAAAGCGAAAGACCCACACCCUGCACCCCAUCACCGUGUGGCGCGAACGCAGUGUGCAGGGUUUCAGGAAAUGCAGGAGCCUGUUCCUGCUUGCCAGAUUAUAUCGGGAACCCCUACGAGGGCUGCAGACCAGAAUGCGUCGUGAAUUCGGACUGUCCUGUGAACCUCGCCUGCGUGAGAUCGAAAUGUCAAGAUCCUUGUCCCGGCGCGUGCGGUCAAAACGCGAUUUGCAACCCUGUGAACCAUGUACCGAUGUGCACGUGUAUCCAAGGAUAUUCUGGAGAUCCGUUCAGAUACUGCAGCUUGAGCCCAGUGAACCAAGACGUCUCGGUAGUCGAUCCUUGCAAUCCAACUCCCUGCGGCCCGAACAGCGAGUGUCGCGUGAACAACAAUCAAGCUGUGUGCACUUGCCUCUCUUCGUACGUUGGAAGUCCACCAAACUGCAGACCCGAGUGCGUGGUCAGCACCGAGUGCCCUUUGACCCGUGCUUGCGUGAGCCAGAAAUGCGUCGAUCCGUGUCCCAACUCCUGCGGUGUGAACGCUAAUUGUCGAAUCAUCAAUCACAGUCCAAUCUGUUUCUGUAACGAUGAAUUCACCGGAGAUCCGUUCACUGCUUGCUUCCGUGCUCCUGAAACGACCAUAGAACCAUCACCGCCCGUGCAAAGAGACCCCUGUCUGCCAUCGCCAUGUGGUCCAAACGCGGUUUGCCAAAACGUUGGGCAGACACCAGCUUGCACUUGCUUGCCGGACUAUCGUGGCAGUCCUCCAAAUUGCAGACCAGAAUGUACCAUCAAUUCCGAGUGUCCCAGUAACCAAGCCUGCAUUCGGGAGAAGUGCAGGGACCCCUGUCCAGGCUCCUGCGGCUUUAACGCUCAGUGCUCGGUGUUCAGUCACGUGCCGAUAUGCUCGUGCAUCGAAGGAUACACGGGAGAUCCUUUCAGCCGAUGCGAUCAACAGAUCGUUUCCAUCGUACCGGCAGAGGUGGAUCUGUGUAAUCCAUCCCCCUGUGGACCGAAUGCUCAGUGUGAUAAUGGAAUAUGCUCUUGCUUGCCCGAAUACUACGGGGAUUCGACUAUCGGCUGUCGACCGGAGUGCGUGCUCAAUAACGAUUGCCCCCGGGACAGAGCGUGCGUCAGGAACAAAUGCCAAGAUCCUUGCCAGGGCACAUGCGCGAGCAACGCACUGUGCAACGUGAUCAACCACGUACCGAUGUGCAGCUGUCCGACUGGUUUCGAAGGAAACGCAUUUGCCUAUUGUCGUCCCGCCAUAGCCGAUGCCCCAUCUUCACCGUGCACUCCAUCGCCCUGUGGACCGAACAGUCAGUGUCGAUCCAAUAACGGUCAAGCAAUUUGCAGCUGCGUGCCAGGUUAUCUAGGAAACCCACCGAAUUGCCGUUCCGAGUGCAUAGUUAGCUCCGACUGCCCUCCAAACGAGAUCUGCACGAAUCAGAAUUGUAGAAAUCCUUGUAUUGGCACGUGUGGCUUGGGAGCCAGGUGCACGGUCGCUAAUCGCAAUCCUAUAUGUCAUUGUCCCGAAGAAUUCACCGGAGAUCCGUUCGUUCAGUGCAUGCCGACUCCGCCAUUGCCGCCUGAACCGAUAAACAUUUGCCAGCCAUCGCCCUGCGGACCCAAUGCUCAAUGCCAGAUCUCAGGAAGCUCACCAUCGUGUACUUGUUUGUCCGGAUUUAUCGGUUCCCCGCCGAAUUGCAGGCCCGAAUGCGUCAGCAACAGCGAAUGUCCCAGCAAUCAGGCGUGCAUUAAUCAAAAGUGCAGGGACCCUUGCGUAGACUCUUGCGGAACUAAUGCCCAAUGUCGUACAGUCAGUCACACGCCUAUGUGCUACUGCGAAUCAGACUACACGGGCGAUCCUUUCACACAAUGCUUUACCAAGCCCAUCGAAGACCAACAAGUGAAUCCGUGUUUACCUUCGCCUUGCGGACCGAAUGCACAGUGCACGGAAAGAAACAAUGUAGGCGCCUGUGCGUGUCUUACUGGUUACACGGGAAAUCCUUACGAAGGAUGCAGGCCAGAGUGUGUCCUGGAUUCUGAUUGCUCACCCACUAGAGCUUGCGUCAAUUCUAAGUGUAUCGAUCCGUGUCCGGGAACAUGUGGAAUCAACGCCGAAUGCUAUGUUAUCAAUCAUCGAGCGUCUUGCUCUUGCUAUCCCAGCUACACUGGCGAUCCCUAUCGAUAUUGCUCUGUUCAGCCAGCUGUUUCCGACGUCAGCGUAACCGAUCCAUGCGCUGGGCCCCAAUGCGGCCCGAACAGCCAGUGCAGAGUGGUAAACCAAGUAGCAGUUUGCUCUUGCCUUGCAACUUAUAUCGGUACACCACCAGCGUGUAGACCGGAAUGUGUCACCAGCUCGGAAUGCGCCGCCGAUAAGGCGUGCGCGCAGCAGAAAUGCAUAAACCCGUGCCCUUCCUCCUGUGGACAGAACUCAGACUGUAGAGUCAUCAAUCACGCGCCCCUUUGUAGUUGCUUGAGAGGAUACACCGGCGAUCCGUUCACCGUAUGCUUCCCAAUUCCAUUGACACCACCCGUUCAGAGCGACCUUACCCCGAAAGAUCCCUGCAUUCCAUCACCCUGCGGAGCUUUCUCGGAGUGUCGAAACAUCGGCGGAGUUCCCUCCUGCUCCUGCCUAGCCACGUACACCGGAAGUCCACCGAAUUGUCGGCCAGAGUGUACGAUUAACUCGGACUGUGCUCCCAAUAAGGCCUGCAUGCAACAAAAGUGCAGAGACCCUUGUCCCGGCUCGUGCGGUCUUCGAGCCGAGUGCAACGUAAUCAAUCACGUUCCAACGUGUAACUGUCAACCUGGCUACACCGGGGAUCCGUUCACCAAUUGUUUCCUAGACCAACGUCCAAUCGAAAAGGAUCCGUGCGCAUCCUGCGGAUCCAACACACAGUGCGACAACGGUGUUUGCACCUGUUUGCCAGAGUAUUCCGGCGACCCGUACACAGGCUGCAGACCAGAGUGUGUCUUAAGCAACGAAUGUCCAACAAACAGAGCGUGCAUUCGAAACAAAUGCGUGGAUCCUUGCAUCGGUAUCUGCGGGCAGAACGCAUUGUGCAACGUUUUCAAUCAUGUGCCCAUGUGCAGUUGUCCGUCGGGAAUGUCAGGGAACGCCUUUGUACUCUGUUCCCCUGCCCCAGUAACCACGGUUAGCGACCCCUGCAAUCCAUCACCGUGCGGCCCUAAUAGCCAGUGCAGGCAGAACAACAUGCAAGCCGUGUGUUCUUGCGUAAGCGGAUAUAUAGGUGCUCCUCCAACUUGUAGACCCGAGUGCGUGGUUAGUUCAGACUGUCCAUUGAACGAAGCGUGCACCAACCAGAAGUGCCAAGACCCUUGUCCAGGAAGCUGUGGAAUUAACGCGGAUUGCAGCGUCGUCAAUCACAAUCCAGUAUGCACCUGUCGCGAAAGGAUGACCGGCGAUCCUUUCGUCAGUUGCUACCCGAUGCCCGCGAGACCAUCGCCUCCAGUCAACCCUUGCCAACCAUCCCCGUGCGGUCCGAAUGCGGAGUGCCAGGUGGUGAACGACCAACCAUCUUGCUCGUGUCUAAGGGAAUUCAUUGGAUCGCCUCCAAACUGCCGCCCGGAGUGCGCAAGCAACAGCGAGUGCCCUAAUCAAAUGGCGUGUAUCAAUCAGAGAUGCCAAGACCCUUGCAUUGAUUCUUGCGGCGUAAACGCGAUUUGCAACGUCGUCAGUCAUACUCCGAUGUGUGCCUGUGCGAACGGUUACACCGGGGAUCCGUUCACGCAGUGUACGCUACAGCCAUUCGACGAACCAGUCAGCAGACCAGACCCUUGCACUCCGUCACCGUGCGGUGCAAAUAGUAUAUGUCGCGUUCAGCAAAACUCCGGGUCUUGCAGUUGCCAGAACGAUUACAUCGGAAAUCCUUACGAAGGUUGCAGGCCUGAAUGUACGCUCAGUUCAGACUGUCCGUCCAAUCAAGCUUGUAUGCAAUCGAAGUGCAGAGACCCGUGCCCUGGAACCUGCGGUCAAAAUGCUCAGUGUUACGUGGUCAAUCAUGCAGCCACUUGCAGCUGCUUCGAACGGUACACGGGAGAUCCUUUCGUGUACUGCAAUCCUAUGAGAGAACCACUGCCCGAGCCUAACUUAGUAAAUCCUUGCGAACCAUCGCCGUGCGGACCGUACAGCCAAUGCAGAGCCACCAACGGCCAAGCCACGUGCUCUUGCUUACAAACUUACACCGGAACACCUCCCAAUUGCAAACCGGAAUGCACAGUUAGCUCUGAUUGUCCAUUGAGCCUCGCGUGCAGGAACAACAAGUGCAUCGAUCCCUGCCCUAACUCUUGCGGUCAGCAGAGCACGUGCAGAGUCGUGAACCACAGUCCCAUAUGCUCCUGCAAACCAGGUUUCACUGGCGACCCGUUCACCCAAUGCUUCUUCAGUCCACCUACUCCUGUUAUGGAUACCCAUGUCGAUCCCUGUAUCAACUCGCCCUGUGGGCCCAACUCUCAGUGUCGCAACAUUAACGGUUCUCCGUCGUGCUCUUGCGCGAUAAACUAUAUUGGCAUCCCGCCUAACUGUCGUCCAGAGUGUGUAGUCAACACCGACUGUCCCAGAAAUCAAGCUUGCAUUCGUGAGAAGUGUCAGGAUCCUUGUCCGGGUUCCUGUGGACUCAACAGCGUCUGUGCAGUCCAUAAUCACAUCCCGGUUUGCACAUGUCUAGAAGGUUACAUGGGAGAUCCUUUCAGCAGCUGCCAGCCCAAGCCAAUGAGAGUAGACGAGCCCAUAACAGACCCAUGCAGCAACUCCCCGUGUGGAUCGAACGCCGAAUGCAACAAUGGCGUUUGCACUUGCGUAUCUGAAUACUCCGGGAACCCAUACGUCGGUUGUCGACCGGAAUGCGUGCUCGGCACAGACUGUCCAAACAACAGAGCGUGUAUAAGAAACAAAUGCGUCGAUCCUUGCCCCGGAGCUUGCGGUCAGAACGCUCUUUGCAACGUGAUCAAUCACAUACCCAUGUGCAGUUGUCCUCCCAAUACGGGCGGAAACGCACUAGUCGUGUGCUCGGCUGUGCAAGCUCCAACGACGACAAGACCGUGCAAUCCGUCCCCCUGCGGUCCGAACAGUAUCUGUCGAGAGGUGAACGAUCAAUCUGUGUGUACUUGCGCGCCCGAAUACCUUGGAACUCCACCUCUAUGUAGACCGGAGUGCGUCAUCAGUUCCGACUGUCGACAAAACGAGGCUUGCGUGAACCAAAAAUGCAGAGAUCCGUGUCCAGGAACGUGCGGUGUUCUGGCAAAGUGCAUGGUGGUCAAUCACAAUCCCGUGUGCUCCUGUCCGGAGCGUUACACGGGAGAUCCCUUCAUCAGAUGCGAAAUGAUUAGUAAGCGGAAAAAUAAAAAUACUAGAAUUCCUAUCGAUCAUACAAUAGUGCCCAUAAACCCCUGUCAACCAUCACCCUGCGGACCAUACUCUCAAUGCCAAGUAAUGAAUGACAUCCCGUCCUGUACAUGUCUGCCCGAAUACAAGGGGGCCCCACCCAACUGUAAACCCGAGUGCAUAGCCAGCUCCGAGUGCCCCAGCCACCAAACCUGCGUCCAACAGAAAUGCAAAGACCCCUGUCCAGGUCUCUGCGGGGAUAUUGCAGAGUGCCACGUGGCCUACCACGUACCCCACUGCGUUUGCCCGAACGGUUUCACCGGUGACCCCUAUACCCGUUGCUCGAUAAUAACUCGUGACCCGGAACCCUCACCCUGCGCGGAAGGCACUUGCGGCACAAACGCGUUGUGCAGAGAACGAGACGGUAUCGGAAUUUGUUAUUGCCCGCCCGAGUACGUCGGGAACGCGUACGUAGGGUGUAGACCCGAGUGCGUCAUUAACCCCGACUGCCCGUCCAACAAAAUGUGCGUGCGAAACAAGUGCCAAGACCCCUGUCCUGGAACCUGCGGCCAGAAUGCCGAAUGCACGGUCGUUAACCAUCAGCCCUUCUGCACCUGUCGGCCAGGGUUCACUGGCGAUCCAUUUAUCGUGUGUACCGUGAAUAUGGUAGUCCCGGUAAAAGAGAACAUAUGUAACCCGUCACCCUGCGGACCUAACAGCCAGUGCAAAGAAGUCUCUGGCCAGGCUGUGUGCUCGUGCCUACCAACCUACGUUGGCACUCCACCUGGAUGUAGACCCGAGUGCGUAGCUAGUUCCGAGUGUCCCACCCAGCUCGCGUGCAAGGACUACAAAUGCGUGAACCCGUGCCCGAGCCCCUGCGGAUUUAACACCAAGUGCAUCGUGGUUAACCACAGUCCAAUCUGUAGUUGCAUGCCCGGAUACAGUGGAGAUCCGUUCACUACCUGUACACCUAUUCCACCAGUCGCAAUCUCUGGCCCAACGGAAAGAGACCCGUGCGUGCCAUCCCCGUGUGGCAAUUUCGCCCAGUGCAGAAACGUUCGUGGAUCUCCUGCUUGCACGUGCUUAGAAACCUACAUCGGUCAGCCGCCCAACUGCAGACCGGAGUGCACAAUCAAUUCCGAAUGUCAAAGCGACAUGGCCUGCAUCAACAUGAAGUGCAGAGACCCGUGCCCUGGUUCCUGUGGUUCCGGUGCGUCGUGUGCGGUCGUUAAUCACAUUCCCAUGUGCAACUGCCCCGAGGAUUUCACCGGAAAUCCGUUCACCCUUUGUCAGUUGCUGCCGACGACACCUCCAUCGACACCGGUAGAAGAUGAAUGUAACCCAUUACCCUGUGGCCCCAAUACCGCGUGCACGAAUGGCGUUUGCACGUGUCUAGCUGAAUUCCAAGGAAACCCGUAUCUAGGAUGCAGACCCGAAUGUGUCCUGAACUCAGACUGUCCCAGAGACAGAGCCUGCUUGCGUAAUAAGUGUAUGGACCCUUGCCCAGGAAUCUGUGGCUUCAGUGCCAUUUGUACAGUUAUCAAUCACGUGCCAAUGUGUAGCUGCCCUGGAAACAUGACCGGCAAUGCCUUUAGUCAGUGCACCCCUCUGAAAGAUAUGAUACCCACUAAUCCGUGUAGCCCGACGCCUUGCGGACCCAAUAGCGAAUGCCGCACCGUGAACGGUCAAGCCGUUUGUUCGUGCAUCAGAGGAUAUUUAGGAAGCCCACCAACCUGUAGACCCGAGUGCAUUGUCAGUACAGAUUGCCCGCAAAACGAAGCCUGUAGUAAUCAGAGGUGCACGAAUCCCUGUCCUGGAACUUGUGGCAUCGCAGCCAAAUGCAACGUCGUCAACCAUAAUCCUAUAUGCAGCUGCCCGUUGCGAUACACCGGCAAUCCAUUCAUUCAAUGCAUACCCUUCAUCGAAGAGCCCGUAGUAGACCCCUGUCAACCAUCGCCUUGCGGUCCGAACUCCCGAUGUCAAGUGAUUAACGACUCUCCCUCGUGCUCGUGCACGCCCGGAUUCUCUGGGAGCCCGCCCAAUUGCAGGCCGGAAUGUGUCAGCAACAGCGAGUGUCCUAGUCAAUUAGCUUGUAUCAAUCAAAAGUGCCAAGAUCCUUGUAUCGAUUCCUGCGGUGCCAGCGCGGACUGUCAUGUCGUGAGCCACACUCCCAUGUGCACUUGCCUCAGUGGUUACACUGGGGAUCCGUUCACACAGUGUGUCUUCAAAGAACCCGUGUCGAUUCCUGCGCCCACCGAUCCCUGCAAUCCAUCGCCCUGCGGAUCCAACGCUGUCUGUAAAGAGCUGAACGGCGCAGGCUCCUGUACCUGCAUUUCUAACUAUAUUGGCAACCCCUACGAUGGAUGUCGACCCGAGUGUCUCCUGAACUCUGAUUGUCCCACGAAUCAAGCUUGCAUGAACAACAGAUGCAGGGACCCUUGUCCAGGAGUUUGCGGCCAAAACGCCGAAUGCCACAUUAUUAAUCACCUGCCAGUGUGCGAAUGUUACCCUAGACACACUGGGAACGCGUUUGUCCUCUGUUUACCACUUCAGCCAGAAGUUGACCAAACAAUUAGUCGACCCUGCAAUCCGUCUCCUUGCGGACCCAAUAGUCAGUGUAAAGCAAUUAAUGGACAGUCCGUGUGUUCGUGUUUGCCUGAGUUCAUGGGCAGUCCACCUUCAUGCAGACCCGAGUGUACAGUUAGCGCUGAAUGCGCCUCGAAUUUGGCGUGUAUCAACAGAAAGUGUAGCGACCCUUGUCCUGGAUCUUGUGGCUCGAACACGAGAUGCGAAACCAUCAAUCACAGAGCUAUAUGCGCCUGUCAACCAGGCUUCACUGGUGAUCCACUAGUUGCUUGUUUCGAUAUACCAAUUGGAAAACCUGCACUCGAACCGUCGUACGUGAAUCCAUGCGCGCCUUCACCGUGUGGUCCUUACUCCGAAUGUCGUAAUAUAAAUUCCCAAGCUUCGUGUGCCUGUUUAGCAGACUACAUGGGAACACCGCCAAAUUGCAGACCGGAAUGCAUACGAAAUUCCGAGUGUCCCAGCAAUCAGGCGUGCAUUCAGAAGAAAUGCCGAUAUCCUUGCGAGGGUGUCUGCGGCGUGGGUGCACAGUGUUCGGUGAUAAAUCAUACUCCGAUCUGUACUUGCCCCGAAGGAUACACUGGCGAUUCCUUUGUCAGAUGUUCGCCAGCAUUAGUGAGUAUGGAUCGGCCCGCGGAUUCGUGUACCAAUUGCGGUACAAAUACGCAGUGCGUAAAUGGAGUAUGCACAUGCUUAUCAGAGUAUCAAGGAGACCCGUACAUAGGUUGUCGUCCAGAAUGUGUCCUAAAUUCAGACUGUCCAAGAGACAGAGCUUGCAUCAAGAGCAAAUGUAACGAUCCAUGCGCUGGAACCUGUGGUCAGAAUGCAUUGUGUUCUGUCGUCAAUCACGUUCCAGUUUGUACUUGUCCGUCAGGAACAUCGGGAAAUGCGUUCGUAGUUUGCUCCCCGGUGCAAGCAGUAGAAACACCCAUAGACCCGUGCAACCCAUCACCCUGCGGGCCCAACAGUCAGUGCAGGAAGGUAAACGACCAAGCCGUUUGCUCUUGCAUUCCUGGCUACCUAGACACUCCACCAAAUUGUAGGCCAGAGUGUAUCCUAAGCUCCGACUGUCCAUCCAACAUGGCCUGCAAUAACCAAAAGUGUAUUUAUCCUUGCCCUGGUACUUGUGGUAUAAGGGCCGAGUGUGUCGUAGUGAACCAUAAUCCAAUCUGUAGCUGCCCACCGGAUCUGACAGGCAAUCCCUUCACCGUUUGUAUCAGGAAACUGGAAGAGCCAACAGUUCUGAACCCAUGCGCACCAUCACCUUGCGGCCCAAACAGUCGAUGCCAGGUCUUAAAUAAUUCACCAUCUUGCUCUUGCUUGCCCGAGUUCCUUGGAUCCCCGCCAAACUGUAAGCCAGAGUGCAUAAGCAACAGCGAGUGCUCCACGCACUUAGCUUGCAUCAAUCAGAAAUGUCGCGAUCCUUGUCCCGGAUCCUGCGGCUCUAACGCUGAAUGCAGAGUAAUAAGUCAUACGCCUAUGUGUGUCUGUUCUUAUGGUUUCGUUGGUGAUCCAUUUAUUCAGUGUCUUCCCAGACCAGCAAUCGAAGACACCGGUAAAAAACCUACGCCCUGUGUACCGUCUCCCUGCGGGUCUAACGCGAUGUGCAAUGAACUGAACGGCGCUGCAUCCUGCAAGUGUAUGCCAGAUUACGUCGGCAACCCUUACGAGGGAUGUCGACCAGAGUGCACCAUCAAUUCCGACUGUACAGCCGAUCGAGCUUGCGUUAAAUCAAAAUGUCAGAACCCUUGCCCAGGAUUCUGUGGCUACAACGCACUCUGCCAGGUCGUGAAUCACGCUCCGCUUUGUACUUGCCAAUUCGGUUACACGGGCGAUCCAUUCGUCCAGUGCAAUAUCGUUCAAGAACAACCGAAACCAGCCGAUCCUUGUAGCGUAUCACCUUGCGGACUUAACAGUCAAUGUCAAGUGUCUAACGGACAAGCUAUUUGUUCCUGUUCACCCACGUUUAUUGGAACCCCGCCGAUGUGCAGACCGGAGUGCACCGUCAGCUCGGAUUGUGCUACAAAUCGUGCUUGCAAGAACCGUAAAUGCGUGGAUCCUUGUCCAGGUAUUUGCGGUAUCAACGCGAGAUGCGAGACGAUAAAUCAUAGUCCGAUCUGUAGCUGCAAUCCCGGCUUGACCGGCGACCCGUUCGUGAGAUGUUUCAAAGUUCCAACGGUGUCCGAGCCCAUAAAUCCUUGCGUCCCGUCGCCGUGUGGUCCGUUCUCCGUGUGCCGUAUGCUUGGCAACACGGAGUUGCCAAGCUGUUCGUGCAUGGACAAUUACAUAGGAUCCCCGCCUAAUUGUCGUCCGGAAUGCACCAUCGAUUCCGAAUGCGGCAGUAACAAAGCUUGUCUAAGACAGAAGUGUACUGAUCCUUGUCCAGGAUCCUGCGGUACAGGAGCACAGUGUCUCGUAGUGAAUCACAUGGCCGUAUGCACUUGUCCAAAGGGCUACACAGGCGAUCCGUUUGUCAAUUGCUUUGUAGAAGCUGCUCCUUCACCACCAGUUCCUCAAGACGCUUGUAAUCCUUCACCCUGUGGAUCGAACGCCGUGUGUCGCGAUGGCACGUGUAGUUGUUUGCCCGAGUAUCGUGGUGAUCCCUAUUACGGAUGUCGCCCAGAAUGCGUCCAGAACCCGGACUGCCCGCUGGACAAAGCUUGCAAUCGAAAUAAGUGCUUCGACCCGUGUGUGGGCGUCUGUGGCCAGAACGCCGAGUGUGUGGUGAUAAAUCACACACCGAUGUGCAGUUGCCCAGAUGGAAUGUCUGGCAACGCGUUCGCCACGUGCUAUCCGGUGAAAGACCCAGUGAUAGUACAACCCUGCAAUCCGUCACCUUGCGGUCCUAAUAGCAGAUGUCAAGAUUUUAGCGGCCAGGCAGUCUGCUCGUGCGCCCCAGGAUUCAUUGGAAAUCCUCCGGCGUGUCGACCAGAGUGUAUAGUUAACAGUGACUGUCCAUUGAACGAAGCCUGCGUGAACCUGAAGUGUAGAGAUCCGUGUCCUGGAUCCUGCGGAGUGUCGGCCCGGUGCCAAGUGGUCAAUCACAACCCCAUUUGUAGCUGCCCUCCGGUGUUCACUGGUGAUCCGUUUGUGCGGUGCUUGCCUAGACCGGAGGAACCUGCGCCACCGACAAACCCCUGUCAACCAUCUCCGUGUGGCCCCAACGCAGUCUGUCAAGUGAUCAAUAACCAGCCAUCUUGCUCUUGCAGAGCAGAAUUCAUCGGAACGCCUCCGAAUUGCAGGCCCGAGUGUGUCAGUAACAGCGAGUGUAGUAGUCCUUUAGCUUGCAUUAAUCGCAAGUGUAAAGAUCCCUGUCCAGGUUCCUGCGGUUUUAACGCAGAGUGCCACGUUAUUAACCACGUUCCCUCGUGUGCAUGCAUGAGGGAUUACACAGGCGAUCCUUUCGUUCAGUGUUCCGCCAAGCUACCGAUACCAGCGAUUCCGACACGACCCUGUCAACCCUCCCCUUGCGGUGCUAACGCCAUGUGUCGAGAACAGAAUGGCGUUGGUUCUUGCUACUGUUUGCCUGAAUACAUCGGCAAUCCCUACGAAGGAUGCCGACCAGAAUGUACGAUUCCAUCAGAUUGUCCCUCGAAUUUAGCAUGUAUCAAUCUCAAGUGUCAGAAUCCUUGUCCCGGUUCUUGCGGCGCGAACACGAAGUGCCAGGUGGUGAACAACUCGCCCGUGUGCACUUGCAACUCGCAAUACUCUGGUGACCCGUAUGUCAGUUGCGUGUACAAGAUGCCCUCCAUCGAAGAAGAUGAACCCGACGUAUGUAGACCAUCGCCUUGCGGCCCGAACAGUCAGUGCCACAACGUCAACGGUCAGGCAGUGUGUUCUUGCUUGCCCCAAUACAUAGGAACCCCGCCCAAUUGUAAACCCGAGUGUGUAGUCAAUUCAGAGUGCAACUCGAAUCUCGCGUGCGUGAAUCAAAAGUGCAAAGAUCCCUGCCUUGGUAUCUGUGGCCGCAAUGCUCAGUGCAAAGUCAUUCACCAUAGUCCGAUCUGUAGCUGUGGAAGUGGUUUAACGGGAGAUCCGUUUGUCUUUUGCUUCCAAACUCCAAUAAUCCAACCAGAAGAUAAGUACCCAAAAGAUCCGUGCGUUCCGUCCCCCUGCGGUCCAAACGCAAUGUGCAAACCGCUCGGCGAUACACCAGUUUGCACCUGCAUGAACAACUACAUCGGUGUACCUCCCAACUGUCGACCAGAGUGCUCUAUGAACUCGGACUGCACAGCUAAUAGAGCUUGCAUUCGAGAGAAGUGUAGGGACCCCUGUCCAGGAUCCUGCGGAAUUGGUGCUCGUUGCACUGUUGUAAACCAUACGCCAGCCUGCACGUGUCCCACAGGAUACACCGGUGAUCCUUUCACCAGUUGUUCGCCUGUUCCUCCACCCGACAUGAUGGAAGUCCCGACAGACCUGUGCAACCCAUCGCCGUGCGGGCCGAAUGCUCGGUGCAACGACGGUACUUGCACUUGUAUACCCGGUUACUUUGGCGACCCGUACUCCAUUUGCCGUCCCGAAUGCGUGAUCAACACCGAUUGUUCCCGAAACGAGGCUUGCAUGCUACACAAAUGCAGAAACCCGUGCGUAGGAACUUGUGGAGCAAACGCAGAGUGCAACGUGGUCAAUCAUUUGCCUAUGUGUAGUUGCCCAAGAAACAUGACGGGCAACGCAUUUGUAUCCUGCACCUCUAUGAAAGACAUGAACAUCCUUGACCCGUGCAACCCGUCUCCGUGUGGUCCAAACAGCCACUGUCGUUCCUCGAACGGCCAAGCUGUUUGUUCCUGCGUUAGUGGAUUUAAGGGAUCACCGCCUUCCUGCAGACCCGAAUGCGUCGUUAGCACCGACUGUCCGCGAAACAGAGCUUGCAGCAAUCAAAAGUGCAUAGAUCCCUGCCUCGGUGCUUGUGGACUGUCGGCACAGUGUACAGUUAUUAACCACAAUCCCGUGUGCAGGUGUUUCGAUCAGUACAUAGGAGACCCGUUCAUCCAGUGCACGCCACCUAGCAGAGUACCAGACGUUCCAGUCAAUCCUUGUCAACCCUCGCCCUGUGGUCCAAACGCCAUGUGUCAAGUGACUAAUAACUCACCCUCCUGUUCCUGCCUCCCUGAAUUCAUCGGAAUUCCGCCAAAUUGUAAACCCGAAUGCGUGAGCAACACUGAGUGUCCGGCACAGCAGGCCUGUAUCAAUCAGAAGUGUAGGGAUCCUUGUCCCGGUUCGUGCGGCAGAAACACCGAAUGCAGGACCGUUAGUCACACUCCGAUGUGCACUUGCGCCAGUGGUUUCACCGGAAAUCCAUUCGUGCAAUGUACACCUCAACCAAUUCAAGAUAUCCCAAGCAAAGUCAAUACGUGUCAACCAUCUCCCUGCGGAGCGAAUGCUGUUUGUCGCGAGUCUUAUGGCUCAGCCGUCUGCACCUGUUUACCCGAAUUCUACGGUAACCCGUAUGAAAACUGUCGCCCCGAGUGUCUCAUAGACUCCGACUGUUCGUUCAAUCGUGCCUGCAUAAGGAACAAGUGCCAAGAUCCGUGUCCAGGAGCUUGCGGAUUCAAUGCUGUAUGUCAGGUUGUCAAUCACAUCCCCGCCUGUAGCUGUAGGUCGGGUUAUACCGGUAAUCCCUUCCGAUCUUGCGGUACCAUUCAAGAACCUCCCGAACCAAGCGUUACCAACUCGUGCGUACCAUCGCCCUGUGGACCAAACAGUCGUUGCCAAGAUGUCAAUGGUCAAGCCAGCUGUUCCUGCUUGCCCACCUUCAGGGGAACCCCGCCCAGUUGUAGACCAGAAUGUGUCGUUAGCGCUGAAUGUCCCAGCAACCAGGCCUGCAUGGGUCAGAGAUGCGUUGACCCUUGCCCUGGCGUCUGUGGCGUAAACGCUAGAUGCGAAGUCUUCCAUCACAGUCCCAUAUGUAGUUGCAGCGCUGGUCAGACGGGAGAUCCGUUCGUAAAAUGUUUCGACGUUCCCACUAUGGUUCCACCUGUACCUGUGAACCCGUGCGUACCGUCGCCGUGUGGACCGUUCUCGCAAUGCCAGGACAUAGGGGGUAUCCCGUCCUGUUCCUGCUUACCUAAUUAUGCCGGUUCGGUUCCGAACUGUCGCCCUGAGUGCUUAAUCAACACCGACUGCACCAGCAACAAAGCCUGUAUCAGAGAGAAAUGCAGGGAUCCGUGUCCAGGUUCUUGCGGAACAAACGCGUUAUGCAAUGUUAUUAAUCACACGCCAGCUUGCACUUGUCCUAGCGACUUUACAGGAGAUCCGUUCACCAGCUGCCAACCGAAACCAGCAAUUACAACUCCAACGAUGUCCGAUCCGUGCAACCCAUCGCCGUGCGGACCAAACGCGAUAUGUCAAAAUGGAAUCUGUAGCUGCGUAAGCGAGUAUCGCGGUAAUCCCUACGAAGGAUGUUACCCAGAGUGCGUGCAAAACUCCGAUUGUACACGCAACAGAGCUUGCUCCAACAACAAAUGCGUGGACCCCUGCGUCGGUAUCUGUGGUCAGAAUGCCGAAUGUGUGGUGGUCAACCAUAUUCCCACUUGCAGUUGCAUAGAAAAUUACGAAGGGGAUUCUUUCACUCUCUGUAGACCGAUUCGAAAGCGCGUGAAACCUUGCGAGCCCUCGCCCUGUGGACCUAACACCGUGUGCCGUGAAUUCGGCGAACAAGCAUCGUGCUCCUGCCUCCCUGGAUACUUUGGAACUCCGCCCAGCUGCAGACCCGAGUGUCUCGUGAACACAGACUGCGAACAAAGCAGAGCUUGCGUGAACGAGAGGUGCCGGGACCCGUGCGAGAACUCUUGCGGUCAGGGCGCGUUAUGCGCGGUCCGAAAUCACAACCCCAUUUGCAGCUGCCCCGCCCAGUAUUCCGGCGACCCGUUUGUCAGCUGUUUCCCCAUGAAAACCCACGACCUGGAACCCAGCCUGGACCCGUGCAAUCCCUCGCCGUGUGGACCGAACUCCCAGUGCACCGUGUCGCCCGCCAGAAAACAGUCCUGCAGCUGUUUGCCCGAGUUCGUAGGGUCUCCUCCCAACUGUAGACCCGAGUGCCUAGUCAGCAGCGAGUGUCCUGGCGAUCAAGCGUGCGUUAGGCAGAAGUGUAGCGACCCUUGCGUAGGACUCUGCGGCCCUAACGCGCUCUGCCAAGUUGUCAUGCAUUACAUCCGUUGCGUCUGCCCCGAAGGAUUUACCGGAGACCCGGUCACAGUUUGUUCCCCGAUAACGACAACUCCUGCGCCACCGACACCAUCGAGACCCUGCAGUCCUUCACCCUGCGGUGUCAACGCUUACUGCCGUGAAAGAUACAACACCGCGUUCUGCGAGUGUGUGCCUGGUUACAGGGGAAACGCUUACGACGGCUGUGUCCCGGAAUGUCUCGUGAACACCGACUGCCCGAAGUCUCAAGCCUGCAUCAGGACCAAGUGCCAGGACCCUUGUACCGGAACUUGUGGCGUCGGAGCGAUCUGCACCGUGUCGAAUCACAUCCCCAUCUGCUCUUGCCCUCUACCAACAAUUGGGGAUGCGUUCACCCUCUGCCGUGCUGAAGAACCGAAAGAGAGAGAUCCUUGCUCUCCGUCUCCUUGCGGUGCAAACACUCUCUGCGAGAAGGUAGGCAAUACAGCGGUAUGCAAGUGUCUGCCUAGCCUGCAAGGAGUGCCAACGAGCAUCACAGGCUGUCAUCCGGAGUGCGUGAUCAGCUCCGACUGUCCAGGGGACAAAGCUUGCAUAAACAACAGAUGCGUGAAUCCAUGCACACAGAACGUCUGCGGGAUCAGAGCAACUUGUCAAGCGAUCAAUCAUAGUCCGCUUUGCAGCUGUCCGACCCCGUUGAUCGGCAAUCCGUUCGUAGAAUGUUACACGAAAUUCGGUAAGUCGCCUACGACUACCGAAGAAACCAAUCCUUGCAGUCCGUCUCCGUGCACCUACAAUGGCGAAUGCAAAGUCAGAAAUGGCGUUGCGGUGUGCAUCUAUCCAGAGUGUGUCAUCAACGACGAUUGCCCACGAGACAAAGCUUGUUUCGCGCAGAAAUGCAGAGAUCCGUGCCUCGGUGCUUGUGGCAUCAACUCACUUUGUCAGACGGUCAACCAUAAACCUGUCUGCUCAUGCCCGGCUGGAUUCACUGGCAACGCUAGGAUACAGUGCAACGUUCCACCAGCCGAUGUACCAGCGCCAGAGUGUACCCAGAAUUCCGAAUGCCCUAACGAUAAGACCUGUUAUAACCAGAAGUGCGUGGAUCCUUGUACGCUGGACCCCUGUGGCUAUAACAGCCGCUGUCACGUGCUGCUGCACCGGGCUGUAUGCUUUUGCAACGAAGGCUUCACCGGAAAUCCUCAACAAUACUGCAGCCAAAUUGGCUGUCGUGGAGAUAGCGAGUGCCCGUUGACCCAAUCAUGCGUCAACAACGAGUGCAUAGACGCCUGCUUGGUGACGCAAUGCGGCGUCAACGCUCUUUGUACAUCCGAUGGAUAUCACAGACCAAGGUGCUACUGUCCUGACGGAUAUCAAGGCAAUCCGUAUCAAGUAUGCGAGAGACCGGAAUGUACCAACGACAACGACUGUCCAUCUUCCCUGGCGUGCAGCAAUCAGAGAUGCGUCAACCCUUGCAACUGCCCACUGUCCGCUCAAUGUUCCGUCAUCAAUCAUCGACCUACUUGUCGAUGCCCACCAGGUUACACCGGUGAUCCGUACACGUCGUGUCUGAUGGAAACAAUAGAACCGCAGCCUGAAUGCCAAGUGGACGGUGACUGCCCCAGCAAGUUGGGCUGCUUCAAUGGAGUCUGUAAAGAUCCCUGCAUCGAAACCAAACCUUGCAUCGCUGGAGCAAAAUGCUCUGUCGUGGAUACUUUACCAAUGCGGACGAUGAUCUGUGAAUGCUUGCCGAAUUUCGCUGGCGACGCAACAGUCGCGUGCAUUCCAGUGGAUAAACAACUCGACGCAAUCUGCCAAACGGACUCCGAGUGUACUACGAAUAUGGCCUGUUUGAACCAACGGUGCAUCAACCCUUGCAUUAUCAGUCCCUGCGCAUCGAAUGCAGAGUGUGCCGUAGAAAAUCAUCGUCAUCAGUGUCAUUGUUCUACCGGACUUUCUGGCGAUCCGUUCAUGAACUGCUAUAGAGAUACUGACGGAUUCCCAGAGUGUACAACGAACUCUGACUGUUCGUACAACGCGGCCUGUAUAAACCAGCUGUGCCAAAAUCCGUGUCUAGGCUCACAGUGCGGUCUAAACGCUGAGUGUGUCACGGUCAACCACCAUCCGACGUGUCACUGUCAGCAGAAUUUCGCCGGCGACCCUCAACUGCAAUGUUUCAAACCUGAAUGCAAGUCGGACAGCGACUGCCCCUAUGAUAAGACAUGUCAGAAUAAUAACUGUGUCACUCCUUGUCUGGUCGAUGAUAUUGCAUGCGGUCGCGGUGCAGAGUGUAUCGCGAUCUCGCACAGAGCCCAAUGCGCUUGUCCGCGAGGCACCCAAGGAGAUCCGCGAGUGGCUUGCAUUUCUACAGUAUGUCACUAUAACGAAGACUGCGCCGAUCACGAAGCGUGCGACAGACUGAACAGAGUUUGUCGACCGGUUUGCGACGACGACGUCUGCGCGGAAUCCGCGAAAUGCAUUGCCAGGGAUCAUCAACCGAAGUGCACGUGCCCCGCGGGAACCUCUGGAAAUCCUUACAUCGAAUGCACCGGUGUCUCCAUCGAAAUGGGAUGCAGAGAAGACGGCGAAUGUCCGUUCUAUCAGGCCUGCAUAAACGGAAAAUGUCAAGAUCCUUGCCUGUCUUCGAACAUGUGCACCGGCGAUCAGAUAUGCAAAGUGUUGAACACAGUGCCACUUCGUACGAUGAUCUGCAGCUGCCCGCCUAAUACCAUCACUGACAUUAACGGGCAGUGCAAGAAGAUUGUGCUGGCGGACGUUGAUUGCCAUCAGGACGAAGACUGCAGUAAUUCGGAGAAGUGCAUUGGCGGAACUUGUAUCGAGGCUUGCCUUACCACCCAAUGUGGGCUGAAUGCCCAAUGCAAGUCCACGUCUCACACGGGAAUCUGUCAAUGCGCGCCCGAUUUCACCGGAAAUGCUUAUCUUGAAUGCGUCAGAGCUCCCGUUACGCCAUUACCACCGGUGCGUCCAGAGUGUUACGCCAACAGCGAAUGCUCCAGUGAUAGGCAGUGCAUAAACUCCUUCUGUGUGAAUCCGUGCGUCGUCGCGGAUCCUUGCGGAAGAAACGCACUAUGCCACGUGAACGAUCACAUUCCGGUCUGCAGAUGCCCCGAAAACUACGAGGGCGAUGCGAGAAUCAAUUGCAUACCGCCGGGCAUCGUGGCCGAGUGUCACUCGAACAGCGACUGCGCUGGCAAUGCUGCCUGCGUCAACAGCUUGUGCAUCAACCCCUGCAAUUGUGGGUCGAACGCAAAGUGCAACGUCGCAGAUCACUAUCCAUCCUGCGUGUGUCCGCCUGGUUACUCCGGAAACCCUCAACUCGGUUGCUUCAAACUGGACUGUGAGUCGGACAGCGAGUGCAACGACGCAGCGACUUGCUACAACGGCCAAUGCGUGAAUCCUUGCAUCCUGGAGAACAAAUGUGCCAUCAACGGGGAGUGUUACGGCCAAAACCAUCGCGCGGUUUGUCGCUGCGGCCCGGGCUACCUCGGCAAUCCGGAAGUCCAUUGCGAGAGAGUCGAGUGCAGCGCGGACCACGACUGUCCUCGAAACCUGGCCUGCGACAAUGGACGCUGCGUGAGUCCUUGCAUCGAGGACUCACCGUGUGCACAGAACGCCAUUUGUUACGUCCAAGAUCACGCGGCCACCUGUCGCUGUCCAGAAAAUCUUCCGAUCGGAAAUCCGUACUCCUACUGCGAACAUCGUCCAACGACGGUGCUCGACGAACCAGAGUGCAGGCUCGACAUCGACUGCGCCGACAAGCUGGUGUGCAUCAAGGACAAAUGCAUCGAUCCGUGCCCGGUGAUCAAACCAUGUCCGGAGAACGCUCGAUGCAACGUUCUUGAUACGGUUCCCGUGAGGACUAUGACGUGUACUUGUCCGGAAGGCUGGACAACCGACGACAACGAUUCAGAAUGUCACACAAAUCCUUUUAUGUUAAUAACGAUUAUAUUUCCAGUUCAAAUAACAACAAUCGGAGCCUGCACCACGAACGACGAGUGUGGCGACAACGAGGCCUGCAUCAACAGACAGUGCAGGGACCCCUGCAACUGCGGCACCAACGCCGUCUGCCACGUGAGGGAUCACAAACCGAUCUGUUCGUGCGAGGAAGGCUAUCAGGGCAACCCGGACAUCGUUUGCCAUUCGGUGGAAUGUAGACGGGACAGCGAAUGCGCUCUCGACAAGAGCUGCGUGAACAACAACUGCGUGAAUCCUUGUCUGGUGUCCGACAGCUGCGGCGUGAACGCCGAGUGCUAUCCCAACAACCACAAAGCCGACUGCCGCUGUCGCAAGGGAUACCAUGGAAAUGCUUUGGACCAUUGCAGAGUAAUCGGCUGUUACAGCAACGGGGACUGUCCUAGCGAUCAUUCGUGCAUCAACCUACAAUGCGUGGACGCCUGCGUCCAUAGCAACCCCUGUUCACCGCUAGCCGAAUGUAGAGUCUUCAACCAUCUGCCCAUUUGUCGUUGUCCAGCCCAUCACGUGGGUAAUCCUUACGUAAACUGUAAGCCGGAGGACAGACCCGAGUGCAAGGAGGACAGCGACUGUCCCGACUCGCUGGCCUGCUUCAACAACAAAUGUCAGAACCCUUGCACCGUCAUCGAACCGUGCAGCGAACCGUCAGAAUGUAGAGUACUUCCAACCCAUCCUGUUCGAACCAUGGUCUGCGUAUGUCCCAGCGGUUACGUGAGCAGCGGUAGCGGAACCUGUCGAGCCACCAAACCGAUCCUCAGCAUCGAGUGCACCAGGGACACUGACUGUCCUUCGCAGAAGUCCUGCGUGAAUGCCGUGUGCAAGGAUCCUUGCGCCUGCGGGCCUAACUCGGAGUGCACCGUCGUUGAUCACAAACCAAUUUGCGCCUGCGACGUGGGCUACGACGGAAAUGCCGACGUGGCGUGCACCAAGGUCGUUGGAUGCCGCGCUGACAGCGAUUGCAGCGGAUCGCACGCAUGCCUGCAACACAGCUGCGUUCCAGUAUGCUCGCCAUCGACCACCAUCUGCGGGAAAAACGCCGAAUGCCACGGCAUCAACCACAAAGCCAUUUGCGAGUGUCCGCCUGGACUUGGGGGGAACCCGAGGGUCGGUUGCACUCUUCUUGGCUGCAGAACCAACUCGGAUUGCCCCACGAACAAGGCUUGCAUCAACAGUCGCUGCGAGAAUCCAUGCGCGGUGAACCCAUGCACUGGGAACCUCGACUGCAACGUUUACAACCACGUGGUAGAAUGUGCUUGUCCCCCUGGUUAUAUCGGCGACGUUAAUUCAGGAUGUACCAAACUAACGAAGAAGUGCAAGGCGGACAACGAGUGUCCAUCUCAGACCGCCUGCUUCAACGGCGAGUGCAUAAAUCCUUGCGUGAAGAUCCAACCGUGCGGAGUGAACGCGGAUUGCAAGGUCCUGGAUACCAAUCCUGUGAGGACUAUGAUCUGCGAGUGUAUUCCUGGUUACAGAGGAAACGCAGUCGUCCGUUGUGAAAAAACUGACGUGUGCCCGGCAGAGAAGGGUCAGGUCCGUGACGAGAAUGGUAACUGCGUUUGUCUACCUGGUUCGGCUAAGGACGAGAACGACAUUUGCAUACCGUGCCGCAAACAGUCCGGAAUGAUAAUCAACGAAGAAGGAUACUGCGUGUGCGCUUUGGAGAACGGCAUGAUCAUCGACGAGUAUGGUCGCUGUGUGUGUCCAACGGAACAUGGAUACAGACUAGACGCCAAUGGAUAUUGUAAAUUGGUUGACAUAAUCGAAUGCAGACGCGACGACGAUUGCGCCGACAACAGAUACUGCGACUUGACCAGCCAAACCUGCGAAGAUCCAUGCUUGACGCAACUGUGUGGCAUGAAUGCACUCUGCAACGCUACCCGUCAUCAAGCUAUAUGCACAUGCAUCAGCGGCUACAGUGGAAACGCUUACACUCAAUGCUACAACGGAAACCGAGGGCGUACCGACUUCCCUAGGCCAGAUAUAAUUGUUAGCUGCUUAUCUGAUGGAGUACAAGUCCUCAUACACCUUCUGGACGACGAAUUCGAUGGUGUUUUGUACGUGAAAGGUCGCAGCAAAGAUGAACAAUGCAGACGAGUUGUUUCCAUUUCUUCGGAAACGAUGCACAAGACUGAAAUAUUCAAAGUGGCGUUUGGAAAUUGCGGACUGAUACAUGUAAACGGACAAGCCAGCUUCGUACUGGUCAUACAAAAACACCCUAAACUGAUGACAUACAAGGCUCAGGCAUAUCACAUCAAAUGUAUAUACCAAACUGGUGAACAAAAUGUUACUCUUGGCUUCAAUGUUUCUAUGCUGACCACCGCUGGAACCAUCGCUAACACCGGUCCGCCUCCAAUUUGCUUGAUGAAAAUUGUCACCCAAAGCGGAAAUGAAAUCACCUCCGCUGAGAUCGGGGACAAUCUAAUGUUGCAAGUUGAAGUUCAGCCCUCCAGCAUUUACGGAGGAUUCGCUCGAAACUGCGUUGCCAAGACGAUGGAGGACAACCUGGAGAACGAAUAUAUCGUGACAGAUGAAAACGGAUGCGCGACGGAUCCAACAAUAUUUGGCGAGUGGGAGCAAAAUCCUGAAACGCAGGCGCUGAUGGCUAGUUUCAACGCAUUCAAGUUCCCAAGCAGCGAUAAUAUACGAUUCCAGUGUAAUAUUCGCGUUUGCUUCGGACGGUGCCAACCCGUCAAUUGCCGAGGAUACAACGCAUUUGGCCGACGACGACGAGACGUUGAUUCCGAAGUUAACGAUACGUCUUUGAGCGUCGCGGACAAUUUUGAGGGACAACUUCGAGAAGAAAUAACAAUUCAAUCGAAUUUGAUAUUCACUCUGGAGCGAAGAGAAGAGAGGCUUACAGCGGAUCCAGCUGAAAUUGCUUCGGCGCAAAGAGUGGAGGAUAUAUGUGUUUCUAUGGUCGGCUUUGUGAUAGCAUUAGUUAUUACAGCACUCCUGGCACUAGUCGCUGUAGCUAUUGCUGUAUCAUGCUGGCUAAUGGCGUACCGUCGCCAGCCAAAGACUGCUGGACCACUGCCACAUCCACCAGAGUUCCCAAAUCCACUGUUCACUACUGAAUCUGUAGCUGAACCUUCUCCUGAUUAUCACCUAUCAUAAGUUUCGUAGGAUAAUUAUUAUUUUAUAACGUAAUUUUAUAAUCGUCAUCGGAAUGCAUUUCUGACCGCGUUUCCUGCCGGUCGGUCUUGUAUUUCUGUAAACGACUCCUCCAGUGACUAGCCCUCCAUACAUUUCUUCCAAGGGUUCACAACGACGCGUCAUAUGAAUCACGAUAUAUAUAAAUAUAUAUAAAGAGAGAUAUAUGUACUAUUUAUGGUGAUGGUUGCUUCCAUUAUCUACACAGAAAAAAUUUUCCGACGUUCCUUUUUUUUUUUCUAUACUAUACUCCCUCUAUUUAGUCAUUGGAAGAUUCGUUCAGCGUAACACUGUGAAUUUAAUUCCUGUGUAAAGUCAAACGAAUUAGUCUAAUAUAACUUUCUUACUUCGAAAGUAGGUAACUGUACAUUUUCUCUAAUAAAACGCUAAUGUAAUAUUUUUAAAAUGUUGCCCCAUCAUUCGCUGCGUACAUGUCCGAACGAAAUCGCGAACAUUAGGCGUUAAGGGGACCUCCGUCAGUUGUUGGCCCUUCGAAAACUAACACCGACAUCCCCACCACCAGCUACCCCUCACACUACGCUCCGUCCAAUUUUAUGUGUCACCAAAAACGAAAUACGAUCAAUCUACGGAUCGAAUGUUACUGUCACUAUCAUUCAACGACGGCUU